AGAAAAGAUGGAACGCGAGUAGCCGCCGUGACCUUUGGGACGGAUGUGAAAGUUGAAUUUAACUUAGGAGAUGCUAAAGUCGACACAAUGGAAAAAGCAAUCAAAGCCAUUGAUGAGAUAAUCUACAUCGGGGGGGCUACAGCGUCGGCACUUGCGUUACAAGAGGUCAGAGAUGUCGUGGUGCCGCUAGCUCGUCCCGACAGUCACCGCGUGUUGAUGUUCAUCACAGACGGAAUGUCUAACAUAGGGGGUCCACCUAAAAAGUUAGCGAAGUAUCUUCGUGAACAAGAAAACUUUGAGAUCUAUGCAAUAGGUAAAGUAGCUUGGCAGCGAUUUAAAACAGUGUUACUAGAAGAUUUUGAGAACGUCAAGCGUAUAAAACUUCCUAACGGACACUCUUGGGAAGAUUUUUUACUCGAUCCUUAUUUUGACUUAAACAUAAACGCUCAUUCCCUGAAAUGGGACGCAAACACUUUGGAAGAGUGCACUUUCCACUUCUGUAUAUAAUGUCUGUGUUUUUGUUUUAAUUUGCUUCUAACUCUUAUCAAUGGGUUUUCCAUUUUACCUUCAGAUUUGUUGUUGACGUUGUUCGCUAGUUUGAUGUUUCCAGCUAUUGUCUCCUCUUGUCCCAUGUAAUUGCACAGUACUACAGUUGCUACUUCCUGUUGCAAUGAUCAUUUUUGUUAGGGGUCCUCAUUUCUGAAGUUGAGCUACAAUCUAAAAGGGGGAAACAUCGCUGAGCAAGGCAUGGAGCGCUAUCCCCAAACGACGCCGAGUAUUUUAAAACAUGGUUUUUUAUUUCAUAACGAUUAUUUUUUCAAGAAUUGUUUUAAACUUCAUCAGUAUUUUACAUUUUUCGCACAAUCACUUAACAUAUUGCCCCUUUAGGAGUUGGAAAGAAAGUUCGUAUCCGCGAACUGAUGGAUAUAGCCUCACCUGAAGCGGGCGAUAAUCAUGUGAUCCAUGUCAAAGACUACGACAAUCUUCAGAAAGCCAUCAAGAGAGCGACUUACGUCAAGAUCGGUAUGUCGUAAAUUGGUAAAAUCAGCUUAAACCCCAUUGCUUAUGAUUUCUCUUAUAUUUUGCUGUCGAUUAUGAAUUGAGACUCUUUUAUUCGAAAUGGUUUCAUUUCAGGGGAGACAUACUAGAACAGUUGAGUGUUAAUUAGCAGCUAGAUCGACCGGCCUAUUCCACAAAGUAUCACGAUAAAAUACAGAAUAGAAACUAAAUGAAAAGAGGGAAUAAAAGUGAAUUGCAAUAAACUGGUCUUCUUUAAAGUGAUCAUGACUUUAUGUAUGUUUCUUGCUCACAGACUAUACACCCUGUGGUGUAAGUCCUGUUGACCUGAGAGCGAGAAUGGUCGGGGGCACGAAUUCAAAAAGAGGCUGGUGGCCCUGGCAGAUUGGACUGCGCAGGGCCAACUCAAAAGGUAAUUUGAAUGGAAAAUUUGCGUUUCUAGCUCAUUCAUUGAAUGCUGUUUAUACGAGGAAAGCAUGACUAACAUUUUCUUUCCAUCAUUCGGCAAAUCAUUCACAUAAUGCACAUGACUGUCUCUCGCCUUUCCGUACAUCUAAGGAGGUUCGGAAAGCCGCAAAACUCCAGACAUAAAAAUAAUCUUUAAAAUCUCUCUUCAUACCCACGAUAUCAACGAACGAUUCUCAUUCAACUGUUAUUUUUUGUUUGUUUGUCUGUUUUUUUUUUAACGUUACUAUGUUCCCAAAAAUACAAACUAGCUCCAUUUUUCUGUAUGCAAUCCCUAUACAACCCACAGUUCCUCUAUUUGCUCUGACGAGGGGCCGAGCUCGAAAAGUUACUUAAAAUGCACUUGUCAAAAGCCUGAACUUUUUUCGGGCAUAAUUUUCCAUGAGUAGUUCUUUUUAACAAGAAAUUAUUGGUAGAGAUUAAUAAUUAUUGUUUUUUUAUCUGUUUACUUUCUCUUUUUUUUUGAAGGGGAACUUGUGCUUAUCUGUGGUGGUGCUCUGAUUUCUCGUCGCUGGGUUCUGACGGCUGCACAUUGUUUUUACCACAGAGAUUUUCGAGGGGCUCGUGUUCUCAACGAUUUGUCCAAUACGUAAGCACUGACUCCAAUAAUCCUCUUUACGUUUGAAGUCUAAAGAAACAUUUUAUAUCUACGGAUAUAAUGUUUUUCAUUGUUGUACUUGAAAGUUCACAUUUAAAGGCAGAGAAAAUUCGGCCAAAAAAAAAAAGGUUUCGAGUUUCUGAAAUCAUUCACAGGGCUUAACUCUUGAAAACUCCCAAAACCAGUCUUUCCUUAGUAGGUGAAGCAAACCUGGCUUAUUUUCUCUACGACUAUUACUCUUUAUCUCGCAGGUACCGCGUGACAGUGGGUGACCACCACUUGGGGAGGGUUGAAAAAUCUCAGAUUGACGUGGAAGUGAUGAAGAUAUUUGUUCAUCAAGAUUAUGAUGAUGGGAAAAUCACAAAUGACAUUGCUCUGGUCAAACUCGACAAGGACGUGGAACUUGGCCCCUUUGUACGGACAUUGUGUAUUCCGGACAAGGAUAAAGGAGAUUUGGCAAUCGUUAAAAAGUACGGCAUAGCAACAGGAUGGGGUGUAACGCAAGCCUUGAAACCCUUACAAGUCCCCAAAGAACACAAACGCUACUCAGACCGUCUUCAAUACUCAGCCUUCGCAAUUCAAAGCGACCAGCUGUGCGCUAACAAAUCAGCGGGAUACUUUUUUAACUCCACAGUGACGUUUUGUGCCGGGGAUGGAAAGGGAGGAAAUGACACUUGCAAAGGUGACAGUGGAGGAGCUUUCGUCCGUGAGGCAAAAAGAGGAGACGACUUCCGUUGGGUGGCUACUGGGCUGAUCAGCUGUGGAGAGGGCUGCGCACAAAAGGAUAAGUAUGGAUACUAUACCAGGGUGUACUCAUUUAUUGACUGGAUAAAGAAAACUAUGGAAGACAACUCAUAGGAAAAUGACUAAACUUAUUCAAUACAUGUUGGAGUAUCUUUUUACUGAUUAGUAGUGCCAAGAGUGUCUGUUCUCCUGUGAAAAUCGUUGCUUUACUAUUCUCAAAGUUACCUUGAUGUCUGAUUGGGGUUUUUUUUGCCUAGAAAGGCCGUGCUUUUGUAGAUUAAUGUGCAGAUUGAUAGUUUAGCUUUUUCCUUUUUUUUUCGUUUUGUAGUCAAAUAAAAUCGCCGAUGAACUUAAGAUGGUUUCUUUCAUCCUUUCUUAAAGUAGAUGUAAUCAUGACAGAAUCAAAUAGACAUCUUUAAAGGAGGAUAUUUAAGUCCUUUUCCUUUGGGGUCAUUACUGCCUGAGCUGUCUCUGCUUUACCUCUGAUUUAAAGUGGCCAUUUACCGAAUGGAACAUUUGUAUAUCGCGAUGGGUCAACUCCUUUGCCACAAGUCUUCGACAGGCGAUAACUGAAGAUAAUUUCGUAUCAAAAUUUGUCACCUUCGGUUUCGUCAGAAAGGAAUUUUGUUUCAAGAUCAUCGAUUAGAUAGGACGUUUCCGCGUCGUUACUUAUGAAGCAUGAGAGAGUAACAUGCUGCUGGUACGUUUUCGCGUAUUCUCGUUAGUGCAUUUCGAAUACCAUUAUCAUUCCAACAAGUUGAUAUUGUUCAGUCGUUCCUUUUGUCAAAACAUGCUGUUUUGCAAUAUGACCAUGGGUAUCCAUACCGCGGGAAUUUCGAUUUCUCUGUUUCUGUCUACAUAGUUUUAAUGACGUUUUGUGUCAAUAGCUCCCAACAACCUGAGCGUGUAACGAUAAGGGCCUGUGUUUACGAUUAGUAACUUAGCUUGGUUUCAAAAACAAAGAACAUCUCCCUAUUAAGAAGGUGAUCUGAAACCACUAGGUGCAUAGAUAUUAGCAAAUCGUUUCCCCUUUCAUAUUGUUUCACUCAGUUCUUAUAUCACUGUCCUUUUUUCUCCGAGUUAUACUUUGCUGCGUUCGCAUGGAAUCCUACAGUAAGGGCCGCCCUCCUGUGAGCUGAGCAUUCAUUAUUUUUUCGCCGGUUGCUGUGAUACCUAUGAAACCUAUGAUAACUAUGUGGAAACAUUUUUCUCUCAAAAGUAUGAUUUGCUUCAGUUUUCUUCCACCAUUUGUUUGCAGCCAUUCAGAGAGUCCUUCGUUAAUAGGGAACUUUUCUCGUUCAGACCAAAUUUUUUUUCCUAAAUCAGUGUUGUUGUUGAAAGUGCAAAUUAAUGAACAAGUUUGGUUUGGGUGCACCACUCUUAACCCAUUAAAGUGCCUGUGAUACGAAAUUUUUUUUUUUUGCGUAAAUAUUUAGCUUAUCAUAUGUACCAACCAAUUCCGGUAGAAAAAAAAUUUCAAAAAACUUAAAAAUCGGUUUUUUCGUGCCCUAAUGUACUCUUAUUUUGUUGUAAAAGUGUCUCCUGGACUGGUAAUGAAUUAGCGGGUGAUGACGUAGAAAACUGUGAAACUCUCUGUUCACACCUACAAAUCUCUCGCAUCUCUCGUAAUUUUGUAUCAGUCAGCGUUGAAAUACUCUCAAAUAAUGUCCGAUGGCGAUGUAUACCUACCUUCAGCAAGCUCUACCGAGAGUUGUGAUACAUCAUACUCGAGUAGUAGAGAAGAAAUGGUAGUUGCUAGUACGGUUCAGCCCUACGAAGGAGAACUGCGUGCAUCAAACGAGGAUUUCGACUAAGACUGACAAAGACGGUUUCUCGCUUGCGGUGUUUUGGUUAAGAUUAGAACAAAAAAUUCCCGUUACUGAAUGUUAUUCUGAUGCGUUUUUGUUUUGCUUUCUAAUGCGAAAUCUAUGGGUAGCUGUGUUCGUUUCUAUUGCUUUAACAUUUCAUUCCUUCGCAUUGUGUGCGGCGAAGGUUCCCCUCAGUCAGUGCUCUAGAGUUUCGUUGCUGUAGAGAAUUUCCCUUGGUAAACCAAAUGCUAAUUUUUGACGAAAGAAUCAGCUGUACGAGGCACGAUGAUUUUUCAGUGAGAAGUCAUCGGGCAGUUUCGAAAGGAAUAUUUCGUACGCAUUCACUACCAUCUAAUUCAAUAAAUUUGUGUUUCUUUAUUAUCUCGUUGUAGUGCUGUUAUCACAAUGAUAUUGUUACUGUUGCUACUUUUAGUUUCUUGAGGGCAUGGAGGGAUUGAUGGCUCGUAGGAUGGAUUUUCGGAAACUUAAGUUAGGAGAACACACGGCUCCUUGGAGCUUGUGUAUAUGCCAGUAUCGGCCUCCAGAGGGUUCCCACUGUUCACGCAACAGGACACCGGUAAGCUCAGUAAAGGGUUUGAACUUCAUUACAAAUGAUGUAUUUCUGUCAUCAAAAUUCGAUGGAAAUUAAAAUUGGUAGGAUUUUCAUACAAUAAGAAAAGCGCAAAUGUGGUCAUGUGGAAAGACAAGGAGUGCGAAUACAUCUCAAGCGCAUAAAAUGAACAACAAUAAGGAGCUCACCAUCCUUAGCUUGCAAAAUGUCAGCCGAAAAGAAUGUUGAACAAUUGUGUUCGGUGUGGGAAUAGACCCCUAAUCAGUAUUAUUUUCAGCUGAAUUCACUGGUUACCCUGAUUUGACUAGUGAUAUGAGUUUGUAACAGCCGUCUUAGAAGCCGGUACGGAGCAUGAGACCAAUGAUCAUUGAAGAGUAAAAUAUCCUCGAUGUCGACGAUUGAAACGCGUCCAUUUGGGCCAUACAGCUACAUCCUUUGGAACGUAGUGUAUGGAAAUACCCGGCAUAUGUAUAUUAUUCUUGUAGCUAACAUCAUUUGGCGCUCCGGCCACGAAAUACGUUAUUCGUCAUUUUUUCUAAAUUUCCUUUCUCCACCAUAUAUAGUUGCCGGCGUGUCUUCGCAGUUUUCUAUGUCACAGGUAUGUAACAUGAUCGUUUUGGCCGCGCGCUUAAUGGGGACACUUUUUGGCCCCCAAAUCGUACUUUCAAUGCACAAAAAAAUGGUCAAGGAGAACCGCUGGGCGCUAAGGUCGAUUAUUUCUAACUUUAAAACUACCAUCAAUGCGAUCCCUUAUUAAAGAAGCUUGAUUGUCAAAUAAAUUCUCCUUACCAAAACCUUAGAAAAUGUAUAGAGAUCAGUAUAGAGAAUAUGCAUAUUGAUGUUAGUGUGUAAAGGGUUAGUCCAACCUUAACACACCAUUUGCGUCCACAAAUAGAUACAAAAAAAGAAAUCUUGAUGCUUCGGAAACACGUUUUAAAUGAUUUUUAUUACGCACGUAAAAUAUCAUAGAUACAUCGACUUGUUCUGAUGGCUAAAAACAUAUUCGGUUUAAAUUUGAUUACAAUUUGUUGUCCUGUGUUAAUUGACUGGUAGUCCCAGCAGAAUAUGAAUACGCAUAAAAAUUGAAAAAGUUGAGGAUGGAGGUUCGACAUGUUCUUUUACUAUGAUUACAAUAAUUGCACUAGUUGUAAAUUUAAAAAAAUAAGCACCCCCGUUAACUUAGCAUGUCCUAGGUUUAUCUCUUUUCUUAGAAUACUAUACUUUACGUUAUACAAUUUAUUAGAAGUCGGUGGAAAGGGAGAUUUUCUUCAGAACGGUCUAACAUCCCCCCCUUAGGGACCGGUCACUCUUUAUGGCCUAAAGGGGGGGCGAAGGGGAGAGGCUGUAGAAUUUUGGUUGAGUCAUAACGAAAUUUACCUUCCUUCUUUCUAUACACAAUUAAGAAACGACAAAUGUAUAAGUGUCGGCUGAACUGUAGCUGGUACAAAAAUUUCAACAAGCGCCAUACCGACACGCGUGUGUUCAUGUUAACAGGAAACUAUUUACAUCCUCUGCCACUGUCACUUACGGAUAAGUUCCACCGAAUGUAAAUGCAAUUAUCUCCUUAUAAGGCACGCUCAGUAAUAUUUUAAGAUGGCUCCUCGUAGGCAGUUAAUUAGCAAUCAAUUUUCUAGAGUUCCUCCUUUAUAUUAUGAUGGUGACGACUGAUCUCCCCUCCGUUCCCCCCCUCCCCCCGAAAACCAUGUGUUCCCUUCAAAAUUCUUCACCCCAGGCGAUGACAAAUAACUGUUCGUAUUUUAGGUCAUCACAUGAUUUUCACACAGUUCUUUUCUAAAGACUCGCACGUUCUCUAACUUGCUCUGCCAUUCUUCACCGUCAGUUUCAAUAGCACAUUGAAUUGAACUACAUACUCGUUUUAUUUUUCCCUCUCUUAAGUUCCCUCUCGGAUCUUCCCCAACUACUGCAGUUCCUUCAGGUAUUUCGUCCAAGUUUGGCUUCUCAUCAAGAAGUACUUCAUCCUUGCUUUUGUAUAAAUAUUUGUCUCCAUAAAGAACUUCCCACAGCGAAUGGAGUGCGAUAGAAACGAAACGCCCUUUUAAAUAACUCUUUCCUUCCCUGAAGAGGACUGCGGAGCCUGACAUAAUGCAACCUAAGAGUGAUAAAUACAUAGUACAUGAUUCGAAAUAACGACUCAUACAAAUAUUUACUGUAUGCAAAUGGGAGAUACUGAAGCUGAGCCAGUAGUUCCUAGUACCCUGAGAGCUUUCUUAUCAGAGGAUAUCAUACGUCACACAACAAUCGAUGCUGUUAGGCUUCGAUGAAAGGGUGCAUGGUUUCUACAUUAAUUCAAAUACGCUCUAUUUCAAAAUAGUAUGGAUGCUGAUCUAGAUAGAGAGAACAAGAAUAUCAAGUUAUCUAGGAUAUAAAUUCUUACCUCGAAAAACUGCAGACUUACAACCAAACACUCUUGGAGUUCUUGACAUUGAAAAGUUAUAACCCUUUCGAAAAAUAAGCCAAAUUUGCAAAGACUGAGUGAUAACUGGUCGAGAAAGUUUCAAUUUUUCCUCUUCCUCACCGACACGUGGCUGAAACAAAAUCAAAUUUUAUUUGUAAAAGAAAAUUGUGACUAUGCUUUUCGAAAUCAAUUUUUCAUGUGUCGCUGAAUCAAUCUUUAUUCCAGUUCUCAAAACUGGUGCGACAUUGGAUGCAAGCAGUUUGUGUCUAAGAAUCAGAAAUUAGACAGAAACAGCAACUCCGUCUCUUUCUAUGGUCAGCGGUUGAAUCAAAGUUUAUAUUUCGAUGCCUUAUCAAAGAAGCCAAUAUGACUCAUAACCAAGGGAAACCAACAAUGAUGAUGUGAAUAUAAUCAUUGAAAUUAGGAUCUGUAAGCAAUUUGUUACCUUAAAAUGAUUAAUUUGUACCAAUUUGUUGGAAAUACGUGCUCUUAUUUGAAUCUGUUCAUAGUCACUUCUGAUAUCCUCCAGGUGGACACUUGCCGCUGUAAUAACGUUUCCCUUUCUGAGGUGUAUCUCAAUUGAAAGAGUAUUCAGUGUACUGUGUAUGGAUCCAAUGGAGCGCCUGUGGAUAUCCAGGGCCUCGUUGCACUCUAAACGUGGAAAAAAAAUGUAUGGUAUCACGGCACCUUUAAAUUUGACCGUAUGAGUUUCCAGCGCGCAGGUGCAGUUUCAAUUAAGUCAAUGACUAUCAACAGGGAUAAACUAAUCUAUCUUAUUUUUCAUAACGCUGGUGGAGGACGGAGAGUGGAGGAAGGGGUGGUUGAACCAGCAAUUUUUCCCAGCUCUAUCUACCGAAAACAGAUCUACCGGUGUCUAUACCAGAUCAUGCAAGACAUUCUUGAACUGAAUCAGCCUUUUCUCUGGUCAGCAUAAUCAUGUUGUUCGAUUACGUGCGACCGCAAAAUCGUAUGUUUGUUUCAAAUACUAUUGUUUUUGUUACAAAUAAAUAAAAAACCAAACAACAUGAACAUCAAGGGGCUAAAAAUCUUAGACAGCAACGAUAGAAACACAGCUGUUUAUUAUCGAGCCACCGAUGUUCUAAAUAUUUACUUUUUUUUUAUUCCCCUGUAACAGGGUCGAAAUUUUUUACCAUUCUAUUAAAAGAUUGGUCAAAUUUUUCAAUGGUCAAAGAUAGAGCAAAAAAACAAUGAACGAGCUAAGAAUGGGAUUCCGAGCGUGAACUAAGCAAGUUUCUCUUCUCGUUGCUCUGACAUGUAUAUAUCAACAAUGUCUUAAACAAAGAACUGUUCCUCCACUCCAGCGCUAGUAUAGUCGAUCGCUUUACGUUUACUGAUACUUCAACUAUCAGCAUUGAUACUUACUGAUACUUCAACUAUUCGCAUCGUUCGAUGAAAAAAAUAGAAAACAGUUCUUACUUAGCAAGCACUUGAAAUUCACUGCUGUCCAAGUGUUCCCAUUGCAUUUUAUUAUUGGUAGCCCAGUGAGGUACAAGCCUUGUUUACAACCAAAGACAACCACGCUGCCAUUUUUGUGGUUUCCUCGCUGUGCAGGAUAAAUGAUGGUCGAACCGUAAGGAGAAAUUGGAGGCUGACAUGAAGAUCCUUCAAAAUAAGGUCAACACAAAUGACGCAAUAGUAUAUAAGGCCAGGUGAUUCAUCAUGGCGCGUCACGGGCAGAAAAACUAUUGAUGUGCCCCACAUAAUAUACCAUAAUGACGUGUGCCUGUAAUGAAAUUAGAGCCCUCUCUAACAUGUUGUGGCCAUGGAGUGCAUGGAGUGCCUGCCAUUCUGGUAACUUUAUAUUUUUCUCAACCAGAAACAUGAGGUCUCUCAGCGUCGCAAACAGACGUAAUUAACUGGGUUAGUAUGGCAACCGUAGCGUGAGGCAUUUAUCAAUUAAAGAAAAUAUAUUUUUUAAUUAUUUCAAACGUUGAAAAGUCGCCGCAUUUGCAACAUGAGUUAAUUGCGUAGUAUUACAUUGUGUCUCAACGCCCUAGAUUCACGUAUGAUUUAUAUUUAACUCUCAGAAGUCAUAAACUUGUAACUUCUCCCUGCAUCGGCCGUUUUAGAGCAUACCCACGAUACCGGACACCGCCCGCUGAGCGAACCUGAUCCAAAGAUCCACCAAACACAGUCGUGGAAUUCCAUCCAGUCCCAGCUGAGCACAACAGUUUAUGGGUGGAGCAUACUCAAUUGACCUUAUCGUCUGAAGAAGAUUAGCAGUGUGCUGUUGAAACGUCGUAAUCUUCAUCUGCAGUGUCCGCAUUGUGAGGCAAAUGAUUAUACUUUUCUUUCGAAAUGUCUACUCGUUAUCCAGCAAACAGGUUGUGAGAAUGCUCAAGCUAAUCUGGUAGAAGAUGAUAUCUUGAUCAAACACCAAAUUCUUGAAACUCAAUUACACGGAAAUGUUUUCUUUCGUUUGUAACCACCCGCGUAAAGUACACUAUAUUUGCUACUCCGUUUGUACGCUGAAUUUUGCCAUAUUUCGAGUGCUAAAUAAACAAAUCGCUGUUUACAUUUUCAAAUCAUUUCUCGGAUUUCUUCGACAAUUUUUACAAACAGAUAUGGCAAAAUUCAGCGUACAAACGGAGUAGCAAAUAUAGUGAACUUUACUCGGGUGGUUACAAACGAAAGAAAGUUUUGUUGGAGAUAAAAUAUAGUUGCAAAGAUACUCCAAGGGAUGAAAAACAACGUAUAAAAAAAUUAAUCUAAGAUAAAUUUUCGUUGUCUUGUACGAGCGUUGUGAAAAUGCACUAAAAGCCAGAUAUAAAUUAUGCAAAUUUGGUACGCUUUGGCCGAUUUCGAACUUUCUUAUUUUUUGCCAAAAUAAAAACUCGCUGGAACUUUUGAAAAUUAUUUUUGAAAACAGUUCACCAAAAGGGUAUUUUGGAGCAAAUAAAAAAAAAAAAGUUGAAUUGUUGCUUCUGUCGCCGGACUCUUGAAAAUUACUGACAACCUCUCUUAAAGGGUUUAUGGGUGCAGACAGUGCACUUUGAAGGCUCUUUUUAAUUUAUGUCUGGAGCUUUUCAUUUCUCUCAAACCCGCGACAAAGCAACAUUUUCCAAGCUUGAAGGAUCGUGAAACAUUCGCAAUUUUUUUUGAGGGUUCGUGAUACAUACAUCUUAUAUAAUACUAGCACUAACUUGCUAGCUUUUAAAAGAUGUUUUAAGUAAAUUUCACAUUUCCUCUCGAACUUGAGAGUAUAAAAAGAAGGGUAUGUUAGAUCAGCCCCCUUGAUACAAUCCGGUAAACCAAAGAACAAAAAUCAAAUAUAAGAAGCUAAUUAUAUAAAACUCUAAGAACCUCAUUAUAUUCUUUCCACUUUCCAUUUUCCAGAAACCUGACUUCAUAUUUUGUCGCCCAUGCCCGAUCAGAAGAACUUCCUUGGGUUAUUAUUUCAGUAAUAAUCUUUGGUUCUUCCAGCUGGAUUUGUACAUAUGGCAAUUUGUCACAUAGCGCAGAGCACCAGGCCUUUGAGCCGUCCAAACGUGCAAAGUGAGGGGAGUUGUCUGUACUUUUUGAAGAUGAUGCUGUAAUUCUCUCGUUUGCAAUUCGUUUAUUUUGCAUUCCAAGCUCAUCGCUGCAACUCUCUGCAAAAAAAGGUCGAUGAAUAAAAGAAUUUGGCUCGACUCUGGUUUGUUGUAGUCAGUAGCUGAGGAACACUUUUCAAUUUAACGUUCUCCAACAUAAACGCUGCGUGUAUCUUUUACCUCAGCUAUUUUCCCAUCUUCUUGCAAUCAGCGCAUGCUUUGGUCGUUAAGAAAUUAGAAAUGCAGAAAUUUUAGCUGAGGAAGGGGGGAAUAGUAAAAUAUAAUAUUAUGAGAAAGGUUUUUAAAUUUAAUAGGGCCACUGAGUUAAUGAUUUACAUUGAGGGAGACAUUGGUGGAGACUUGGUGUACAAAAAUAGCUUCAUGAUAUCAUCCCAGUAUCUCUUCAUAAAGGCCGCAUAAUGCAUUAUACAAAUUAAAGGGAAUGUGACGAGACUUUGCAGCAAAGUGCUUUGACCAUCGUUAGAAAAAAUGACUUUCACGCAAAUGUUUCCGACUGAAAAGGGGAGAUAAUAUCCAGGAUGACUGACUUUCUACACCAUGUAAAAUAGGAGUUUGGUUCCUUUACAAGAAUACCGUAUUCGGUCACCGUCGGUGGAAGUUUUGAAUAGGUAUGUCAUUUAAAGCGAGUGUAUUUCGUUAUUAGCUCGCAUUGAGUUUUUUUAGCGUGCGUAAACUUCUCUGAAAUGUUCUUAUUUUGAUAAUCUCGCUAAUGUCAGACUAGGCAGUAAUGUGAGCCGAAAAUCUUAAUCGUGUUCAACUGUUGGCGCAACUACCAUAAAAGCUCAUAACUUCGCUUUUCGUGUCAACCGAUUUUUAAUCCGUGUUCAUCGCAAGCUUAUUAUAUACUUAACAUAAAAUAAAGCUUUUUUAAGAGUAAAGUUUAAGUCGUUACAUAGUAAAACAAGCCGCCUUUUUUGUUGCCCCGCUACUUACCAUUAGAUCCGAAAUAGGAUAAAACCACUAAAUAGUAAACAAUACAAGCAGCACAGUAAAUAGUUUGAACCCGGGGGUGACAUGUAAUAGUGUAGUUUGAUUACUUGACACUGUUACGACUAUUGCCGACAAACGAGCCAACAAAGCAACUGAACGUGCCCGUACUGGACAUCAACAGAAACUGACACGACUUCUAAGCAACAAAGAACAGCGACGAAGUAAACCGGACGACAACUAGGUAAGGAAUAUCUCUUCCCGUCUCUUAGACAAGAAUGAAACUCGCGUACUGUCAUACGGACUGAAACACUCAGUUACACCGAAACGAACACCGACCAAGGCUAUUGUGUCUACUGUUGAGGCGGCUCUGGCUCGGUAACGAGAGCUAUCUGAGUCUAGUAAGGAUAACAUCGGAAGUAGAAUUGCUUCCACUAUACAAUCAGCGUCACUACAUGGCAGCAAAUUGACUAAAGCCGAACAACAUCCUCUUAAACGACUGAAAAACGACGAGGACAUAGUUAUUCUACCAGCCGACAAACAACGAGUUGCUGUUGUCAUGGACAAGACUGCCUAUCACAACAAAAUAGACGCACCAGUUAACGACAAACAAACCUACAAAGAGCUCAAACGUGACCCAACUCCUACGCUUCAACGCAAACUCAGCAUCACAUUACUGACGCUCAAGAAGACAAACGCCAUUGACACCCAACGCUACUACCGACUAAGGUGCUCAGUACGACAGCCACCGAAACUUUACGGUCUGACGAAACUACACAAACCUCAGUGGUUUCCCAAUGCGACCUACUGUUUCUUUCUGUGGUUUUCCGACAUACCAACUGUCCAAGUACCUGACGACAAUACUACAACCGCUCACCGACAAAUCCAGACGUAACCUACAAUCCACCGAGGACUUCAUUAACGCCUCUAAGACUGUAGAGAUACCUGACGACUACGAGCAGAAAUUGUAGCAGAAGUUGUGAUGCAGAACAUUAAAGAAAGCGCCCUUUCGACUUGCCGUCAAACAAUACCGCUCUGGUUACGCUGCGUUGACGAUACUUUCACCGCCGUACGACACGACUGAAUUGACGCAUUCCACCACCACCCUUGACAAAUCAUCCUACAACCCGACAUCACACAAAGCCACAUCUCUCAGGACUCUUACGCGACGAGCGCAACUAGUAUGUAACACGACAGACAGCUUAUCCGACGAGAACAAGUACCUUGAAAACAACUACAACGAAGACUUCAUCCAAUGUAACACUCACCGACCUGCUACUACAACCGAAGCUAACGACAACGCAACUCCUUCGACUACAGCAACUAUACCGUACACAAAGGGCAUAUCUGAGAAAAUCUCGCACAUCCUACAACCAUUCAAUAACUGCGUCGCUCACAAACCUUAUACCAUACUACGUCAAUUACUGACUAACGUCAAAGACAAAGACGACCCGAGAAACAGAAAGGGAGAAGUGUAUAAGAUCAGUUGCUCCGACUGCCGCGCCUCCUACAUCGGUGAGACCGGCAAAAACCUCACAACUAGAUUGACUGAGCACAAACGAGCGAAGAGGAAACGCGAUGUCAACAAUCACAUUGCUGAAUAUCACCGACUUACGAACCACACUAUUGACUGGGACUCUGCGCAAUGCCUAACCUACAGCACCAACUACUUUCAACGAAUAACCCUGGAAAGCUGGUUUACCAACUUGGAACAGACUCAGCAGGUAUCAACCACUACCGGCACCAUACAAAAGACUCAUCUACGACAUUAACAUUACAAACGAACCGAACAGAACGACAUAACUUCACUAGCGGAUCGAGACCGACCGACCUAAGCUACUUGAGUCUUACAGCCAAUAACAUCACGGCAAAACUGACCAUUCGACUGACAACAACUAUUCACUUGAAUCUGAAGAUGACUUCCGCUCAGGUUGUCAAAACGUCAGUCACCACUACCGACAACAGUCCUUCUCAGGACUACACUCACCCGGUCGAUCAAACUACACUAUUACAAUACAAACAGCAUACAAAUUCAUUUCCUUUAACUUUCUCGUAAAUGAGUUAAUCUAUUUCGUAAGGCACUCAUGGAGUAAAAUAUGUCGUCUUCACUAAAACGAUUCGCAUUGAAUGAGGAACUUGGAUGUGGGCAUUAUUUUGAUCCACUGUAACAUUUACUCCCUCUGAAGCUGAACAUUUAAAACUAGUCAGAUGCUAACCUUCAGUGCGUUUGUCUGAAAACUUGCCGAAAUUUACUCAUUUAUUAUAACGACUUCCCUUAAUCCUUUUGCUCCACAGGCGUGCAAAGCUGGAUUAGACACGUCCGAGUAAAAGAUACACAAAACUUACACUCAUCAAGGAAAACCGGUAACUGCUUUUAUGAACUGAAUUUUUGCCAAUUAAAAUGGGGUUAUACAAUGAACUAAGUAAACCAUGCAAAGUCGAGGUCGAGGUCAGGAAAAUCAAACACGUACAGAAACACAUCUGGCUAUCUCGCAAAAAGGAGUAGGAGUCGUAAUCCAAACAAUUAUUUAUAGGGAUUUAAAGGUAGCGACUUCAUAAAAUAGGCUGUAAAAAGGUUCCAAACAGGUUUGCUGUUUUGGGGGAUCCAAGAGUUUCAAACGAUUGCCAUACGGAAUGGCUCCGAGGAAGUUUCUGCGAGAUGCCUGAGUGCUUUAUUUUGACUUGGUGAGAAUCGACUGAACGCCAUCGCUUUUCGAGACAAUUUCAAUUUAUUUAGAUGAAAAGAAUGCUGAAAGCCGACAUAUGACAUCCUCUUUCGUUUUGAUAGAACCGGAUUGUUUAUCUUCCAGACUGAGUGCUAAGGGAAGCUUAUUGAGAAUAACGGAUAUGAGAGGUCACUUUUAUUUAGAUACAUGUUUAAUCGAGAAUUUGUCCCUCGUACCCGCUUUGUCAAAAGCUGGUAUGAUGCAGUCGUUAUUUUGUCGUAUUCACCAUAUGUGACGAUCACAAACGAAAAUGUAAAGGACGCUGAAACCAUCCCACACGUUUCAUGAGGAAGCCCGUAAAAUUUAAUCUUCUUACUGAAAUAGGUUGCUCAAAUUGAGAUAAGGAUGUGGAAAGACAGCCUUUUAAAUGCAAUAUACUUCAAGUUCCUUUCACAUUGUAAUUGAACAAAAGAAUAUUAAUCUCAAAGGGGCAGCAUCUCCAGCAGCGUUCAGUGUCACGAAUUCUUACCAUUUGGCUUAUAUCAAUUUGACUGAUUCACAUCGAAAAGCAAAUUCGUCUCUUACAGUAUGUAAUUUAAUACGCCGUACUGUUUACCUUUAUCAAGAGAAGGAAAACAAACAAGCGAUUCAGUGAAAUACCCACUUCCUGCAUUUCUACCCGUAAAUAAUAAGAUACAACGACUUCUCUUCUCAGAGAGUUAACAAGAUACCAACUGGUUAAUUUAGCUUCCUAGUUUGCUUUGUAAUUUCUCGUCCGAUUUCAUUGUUAAAUUCAAACAUGAUGUAGUAUGUUUCAAACCUUAUAUAAUUGAAUUAUUUAAUGAGCUUACAGAACAAAAUGUUUCCAAAAUUGUUCACCACUCAUUUGCACUUUAUUCUGCCGAUUGAUUUAACAAUAUAUUUAAGUUUAAAACACGUGCUCCUAUCGGUGUAUGCUUCUGUUCUAAUCUACUGAUUAAAAGAGUCCCAUGGUACUUACUAUUCAUAGAACAACCAGACGACGUUCCUACACGGUAUCCGCGGGUUUCAGUGUGGUGAAAGACAAAUAUGGAACCAGAAACACAUCCCUUAAGCCCUUUGCCAAAAACUAUGUUUGGUGGCGACUGAAACGGUCGUCUUAAGAAUGCCGCGCGAAACCUUACUGGAGGAACUUUGUCUACACGGUAUGAAACACGAGAAAAGAUGACGCCGAUCCAAAGAAAGUGCCUCUUGCCAUCGCAGACUUCUCCUUUUAAUGACACAGAAUGGUUCUUACCGUAAAAGGUACUGUAUGACAUUCGAAUAGGGCCUAUGCCGGGAAGCGCGAUAUGCAAGAAAUGAUUGGUGUCCUCACUCGUUAUCUCCACCAAUUGCCCCCUGCAAGUUUCAGUGGAGAAUCUUAGUUGAAUCUGAAAGCCCUUUGGUCUACGGUAAACUGGUAAUCGUUGAGUUUUCUUGCUGCCAUAGUAUUGGAAGAUGCCCUCCAAAUCUGAAAAAUAAAUACAAUUCAUUGCAGCCGAGUGUUUCUGAAACGACAGUUUUGUUCUAUCUUACGAGAGUAGGAAGGUAAAUAGGUGAUACCUUUGAGUAUCAACUCAAAGAGCAUAAAGUGAACCAGUCAUUUUGACUGUAAGCAUUCACAUUUUAAUACUAAGAUGGCAAAUGAUCCCAGGCAAAAUGGGAUUUAAGUAAACAAUCGCUUCAACAAAUUCUCCGUUAUGAACUUCUGUUGCCUCAUUGCAAUGCCAUUGAGUCACAAGCAAGAAACCCGCAGGACAUUCUUGUAUCCAAUUUCCAAAAUCUCGACAAUUUGAGCCCUUUUAUAAACUAUUUGAUUUGAAAACAUAUAUUUCUUGGCCAGAGGAACCUUUGACAUGAAAAAGAUGAAGUAACUCGUUUUGAAGUUCUCCCUAAUUUCUUCCUGGAAUAGUUGGAAACGAAAAAUUGUUUAUUUUUUGAUUUUCUUACUGCAGUUUAGCUCGGCAGUUGAGCAUGCGCAUAAGUGCGCAUGCUCAAAGUGUAUUGGCCACUGGCCAAAAACACCACAACUCCUCCCCACCAACUAGUGCAUGCAAUGUGGUAAUUAUUAAGGAUCUGAAACGUUAAAUCAAACACAACAUGCCCGUUUAAAUAAGCACAGACUUAAUGUCACUUCAAAGUUCAUAAAUCCAGCCUAGCUGGGGGCUUCCGCACUCGGACCGGAUAUCGCCUAACAAGAACAGGUUCAGGAACAGGCCCACUCAAAUUUGAUGGACUGCUGGCUGUACUCAGCCACUGGACUUGGUGUUGGAACAUCAGCCUCCAUUUUGCUGGCUUAUGGCUGUUCACUGGCUUCAGAUACUGGGUCCCUUCGACUCUCAACCUGGAUUGGAAGUUCUGAGGUCUGGGUAACACGGUUGCUGCUUGGUGUCACUGGAAUUCUGUUACCCCUCAGUUAGGCCAUACUAAGCCAGGUUUGACUUCGUAAGAAAGGGGGCCAAGUGGUGUUCGAUGAUGUCAGGUACCCACUUUGUACUACCAGUGUAAUUUCGUGCUAUCACUGUCUGACCGAUGGAGAAUUCUCUGAUUAUAGCGCCACUCUUCGUGACGGUUUGGUCGAUCUGAAGGUUGCUUAUCUUCAAGUGGAGAUCUGGUUUCAGCAAGUCCAUUCGAAUGCGUAAUCAUCUACCCAAAGUAGCUGAGAUGACGCUUCUCCAGUGGUUGAUUGGGGGUAUUUCUGUAAGCUAGUAAGAACGUUGCCAGCUUAAUAUUCAGAGGUUUUACUUCCGUUUCACUUUCCAUGGCUGAUUUGAAACUCUGCACACAGCGCUCGGCUAGACUAUUGCUGGCAGGAUGGUAUGGUGCAGAUGUCAGAUGUUUGAUUCCAUUUCUCUUGAGGAACAUAUGAAACUCUUCAGAUUUAAACUGUGGCCCAUUGUCACUCACUAACUGGGAUGGCACACCAUAGCUAGCAAAUAAGCUCUGUAGUUUCUCAAUGGUUUUCGUUGAGGUCGUGGUGUCCAUUUUUUCCAUUUCCAACCAUCUAGAAUGGGCAUCCACGACAAUCAACUGAAAACAUGCAGCCGAGGAAAGGUCCGGCAAAAUCAGUAUGGACUCGCUGUCAGGGUGGUGAUGACCAUUUCCAUGGAUUUACAGGUGCGAGCAGGUCUUCGCAGUUUCCUCAAUUUACUUGUCGAUUCCUGGCCACCAUAUGUAGCUUCUCGCUAGAGCCUUCAUCUUCACCACUCCAAGAUGUCCUUUAUGGAGUUCUUCAUACACUUGUGGACGACGUUUUAAGGGUACUAUGACUCUGACUCCCCACAUCCAACAGCCUGAGUGUACUGUUAUCUCAUUCUUGCAAACGUAGAAGGGGUCGAGUACAGGAACAUGGCUGCUUAGCCAUCCUUUAGUCACCAUCUCAUGGACUUGACUCAAGAUAGGGUCUCUUUGGGUUUCUCUUCAGACGUUGUCACCUGUGAUUGGUAUCGGCUCAAAUUGUAUCAUAUUGAAACCAUUCACUGGAUCCACAACUUCUUUUGCUCUCUCUUCAGUUUUAAAUGGUAGCCGGGAAAGGCCAUCUGCAUUGCUAUGCCCUGUAAUGUUCUUGUACUCGAUUUGGUAGUCAUAGCCAGCCAGGAAUAAUGCAUAACGCUGAAGCCUGGAUGCUGUAACCACUAAAAUGCUCUUGUGCGAAUGGAAGAGGAAUGUUAGCGGCUGAUGAUCGGUGUAAAGUGUGAAAGAUCGGUCAAAAAAUACACAUGGAACUUCUUGACCCCUCAGAUUAUUGCCAAAGCAUCUCUGUCAAUUUGCGCGUAUCUUUGUUCAGUUUUUGCGAGUGUCCCGGGAGCAAAAGCAAUGGGUUGCUUAGUCCCAUCAUUCAUAACGUGGGAGAGCAUAGCACCAAUUUCCACAGGGGAUGCAUCAUAAGCAAGCCUUAGUGGCAGACUGGGGUCAUAAAUGUGUUAAUACCUGCUCUGGGGAGGGGAAUGCUGUUUCGCAUUGUUCCGUCCAUUUCUAUUGAUGGUUGUUCUCUAACAACUGGUUUAAAGGAUGUACCACUGUUGACAGGUUGGGCAAGAAUCUGUUGUAGUAAUUGACUAGCCCCAGGAACGACCUCACUUCAGCUAUAUUGUAUGGGCGCGGCGCUUUGAAAAACUACCUCCACCUUUUCUGGUGUCUUGUGGAGACCAUGACAGUCGAUAUGAUGUCCACAGAAGGUUAUCUUCUCGUUGAAAAACUCACAUUUUGUCUUGUUUGCUCUUAACCCAUGAGUCUGCAAGCUACGUAAAACUUCUUUUGGGUUUGCAAGAUGCUCUUCAUCAUUCUUUCCAGUGAUGAUCAUAACAUCGAGGAUACAGCUUAUUCUAGAAGUUCCUUCUAACACUUGAUCAAUGGGGCGCUGCCAAGGUGUUGAUAGUGAGUAUUUCUUUGAAUCUUCUUCCAUCUCUAAUUGAUGGUACGCUUGGCGGAGGUCAAUCUUUAAGAAUUUCUGCCCAACAGCAAGGUUUUCAAAGAUGUCUUCAAUGCAAGGAAGAGGGUACUGCUCUGCUUGUUCUGGAUUCACUGUGACCUUGUAAUCACCACAAAGUCUGACGGAACCAUCUUUCUUGAGGACAGGCACAAUCGGUGUGGCCCAUUCACUCCACUCCACUUUAGUGAGACUACCUUCAUUCUGGAGUCUUCGCAGUUCUACCCCUACCUUUAGCUUUAAUGCAAACGGCAUCGGUCUGGCCAUGAGGAAGCGUGGUUAAGAGUUAACUUCGCUUUAGCUGAUGUAAAGGUGCCCAGUUUAGUUUCAAAAAUAUUUGAGCGCUUGUCUAGCAUAACGUCCAAACACUUGAGGUAUCUCGUGAAGCCUACAGCGACUUGAUAGAACACCAGUUUAAGCGUAUCGUGCGCAGCCAAUCUCUUCCCAAAAGAGCAGGACACUUAUUCUUGACGACAUACAGGUCCAGCAACUCUCUUUGGGUUUGGUAAUCCACGGGUACUUUGAGCACUCCUACUGGCAUAAUGGUUUCCCUAGUGUAGGUUUUCAAGGACAGUCCAGUUUCUUGCAGGGGAAGCGUGUUAAAUUUCUGCUGGUAGAGGUCAAAAGAGAUGAUCGACACAGCCAAACCCGUGUCCAGUUCCAUCUUAAGCGGUUUACCAUUAACAUCCAAAUAAAUCCAGAUAAUAUUAUUGCUCUAUUUCGUCACAUCGUGUACUUCGAAGGUGGCUAACAUGCCUUUAUAAUUAUAAGCAUCAACAUCAACAUCAACCUCAAAAGCAUGUACCGUGGGGGGAUUUGGUUACUUGCUUCGGCUUGCCUUGCUGUUUGGAACAACAAACCCGCUGAAUAUGGCCCUGUUUUUCACAGUGGUGGCAAAUCUAGUUCUUGUAAAAACAACUGUGCAUCUGUCAUAUGUGUGUUUGCACCACAGCGGUACAAUGAGGGUGGUCGCCGGUUUCGCUUGUGUUGGUUUGUUGUGUUCAGUCAACAUGUCAACGCGAGGGACUUGGUCGGAAUUGAGCUCACUGUAUUCUGAAGUAUCGCGCAUGGCAGUUUCCAUUGCUACAGCAAUCUCCACAGCUUUGGAAUACUUAAGUUUGGCUUCUGACAGUAAUCGCUUUUGAAUCUGCAUAUUUUAGAGUCCACAGGCCAGUCUCUCUCGUAGCACUUCGUACAGAUUCCCGCCAAAAUUACAGUGUGUUGCAAGCUUCCUUAGCUCCGUAAGUAAGACAAAAAUGCCUUCUCCUUCAUGUUGGUUUCUCUGGUAGAAACGAAAUCUUUCCGCAAUUUCUAAGGGCUUUGGGCUCAUAUGCUCCUGGAUAGUGGUAACUGUCUGUUGAGUAUAGGUCUUCCCGCCGAUCAAGCUCAACAAAGUUGGCUCUUUAUGGGCAUUAUCGAAGUCGUUCGCUAAGAAAAACUGUUCUACUCGUUCUACAUAGGUUUCCCAGUUCUCUUUUGUGUCAUCAGAACUCUCUAUCUUCCUAAUAGCGGUCGUAAUUUCUUGAAUUUUACCUCGUCGCCACUGUCAUGUCUUUGAUUCAAACGAACAAGUUUUGGGAAUAGUGCAUAAGUCCGCAUGCUUAAAGUGUAUUGGCCGCUGGCCAAAAACACCACGAGAUUAGACAACUUUCAGAAAUUUUCAUCCUGCUGGCAACAAACUGGCAACCGUCAUGAAACUAUUAGGAGGAGUGCAUCAGGCAUUUAGAUCAUGGCCAAAAGAUUCGUCGCUCGUAUUGAGUGGCAAUUGAUCAGAACGUGGUUUCCGCCAGCAGACAAUCAAAGCGCAGAUUCUAAAAUGUAAUCAACCGAAGUCAUUGCAAAGUAGAGGCUUACCACACAUGUGAAUUCAAAAUAACUUCGUUUCUUCUAUGUGAUUCUAGAGAAGAAGAUUUACCACGAAUUGUCAGAACUCGUUAAUAAGCAGAAUUUGACAUACCUCGCGAAGUGUUUAGCUCUGCAUUCAGGAUGCAAGAGAUCAGUACCCACAAGCCUUUUCUUAGGAGAGCGGACCCUACAACACACAUACAGAAGAACAAAACAAGUUUAAAACGACUGCGCUUAUCUUUGAUCAAUUUAACUUGUUGAAAAUAGAUUGACAGGGUCUCCUCUCCAUGAUUUAUUCGUGAUAUUUCCUAAACAUUUUGUCGUUUGACUGCCUAAUGAACAGCGCGCUCCUCGUUGACAAAAUACCGAUUUAUCUAGUAAAGAGACAAUUAAUUUACAUUAAGUGAGACAGGAAACAUGAUAUCGAUUGAUGGAAUCACUGUAUCAUGAUGAUGCGUCCAUAACUCGAAACUGCCCUCUAGUUAUACUCAUCAACACUAUAACACCAUAAGGAAAAGACUAGCGUAACUAUUUAAAUUGUUAUCACGCUCUUUCGAUCCGAAAAUGUGUUUAAAAGAAUAUCAUAUUUACAUGCCGUCUCACGCGACCCUUACGUGAUUUUUAACAAUUAGAGAAAAACAAAUUUAAUAGGCGUAUUUCAUAUUUCUAUCGUUAAGUUGUAAAUUAGCUGCAUGUAGAAUCAGCUGAAUUUGAGCAGAGAAGGAGGGGUUUUUGCGCCAAUUGGCGAUUCAUCAUAUCGCGGUAUUACAAUAAAGUUUAGCGUGCUAAGGUUAUUUUCUUAUACCUCCUGGACGUAACCCGACACCUUUGGCGUAUUAUCACAGCGAGCACACUAUACCACACUCCUAGGUCCUAUUUUCCUAUUCUUCCUCUCUCAAAAAAUACAAAUUCACAUUUAUAUGUACCAGUUUCUUGGCACAUUUUCCUAACAGUUGCUUCUAAAAGUAAGAUGUUUAUCAUGAUCGAACUAAACGAAAAGGCUCCUGAUCUCAUUCGCCUGUGUUAUGUUAGUGCUUGACCGCCAAACAAACAAACAAAACAAAUUCUCAGAUUUCGGGUGUCUACGUCGAGACUCCUCUACAAGACAAAAAAUUCCACACACUAUAACUUAUUCUCCUGAUCGAAAACGGGAAUAUUAAACGCACAAACAUGAUUUAUAAAAAAAGAAAAAAUCCCCUUUGUACUUCAAUAAUUUUGAUCUCUCUUUCGACAUAUGACACGUGUUACUUAACGUCUGUUGACCAAACGUAAUUCUGUCCAUUUGCUAAAAGAACAAGCAUGCUUCUCCUCUUAUGACAUGAUCUUAACACAUUAUUUUGAUAAACGAAACACCCAUGAUAUCACUACUGCAAAGCUAUAUACGACGCUCAUAAGUCAUUUGAAAUCUUUGUAUUGAGAUAACCACAUUGUGGUGUACAAAAUUAAACAAACAAAGUCAUUAUCGCUCUUGAAAUAUACUUCUAGUCCUAGAAGAUGAAAAGUUCUCUUAGACUUACCCAUAUAUUACUACACUGUGGUAGGUGCGCUUAGUCUAUAAUAGGAAACGUCCAAGACGAGUUUUACGAAUGCGACCCAAUGCCGAAAUGGUUUACAUGAACUUGUCGACAGGUCAGGUGUCAAAAGAAAAGAAAAUAUUUAUAACUUGAUGAGCUUCCUGUCUCUUUUUUUUCCGUGUAACGCAGUACUUGCAUGAUACUAUACUCUGGGCGAAUGCGGCAGCUGUUUACAAAGGGAAAGGAUUUAGUUUUAAGGAAUCUGUCAAUUGUACUAAAUAACGUCAUGACGAGCUUUGCCUCGGAAAAAAAUUUUAUGCAAAUUAGCUGGCUGCACAUUCAAUGUGCAGCCAGCUAAUUUGCAUAAGUAAUUCAAGCCAAGGUUCAACGCCUCUUGGUGGCACGAGGUGUUCGCUAAACAUUCCAGAACAUCCGAUAAUCGCUUCAAAAAAUGUAAUUAUGCUCCCCUCGAAUGAAAUGGAAAAAACCGCAACUUCCGAUGAUUACAACUCUAAUCAUUUUCAAGAUGCAACUCUACUUUGUUCACUCAUUUUCCAGAAACAAGAGUCGAGAGAAAUGUCUCAUACAAACUUAACGGGUCUAAUUCGAAAAAACUUAAUGGGCGGUACGCUAAGCUUAUUUUCUCUGUAGAGACAACACAUGUCUUAAAGAAGACAACAGUAAAUCGUUAACACAAGGUCCGCGAAUAUUCCUGACCAAAUGUUUCAGAAACAUAUAACAGGAACAAUUUUUAACACGGAAAACGAAGAAACUCAAAAAUAGCCUAAAAAGCGGCACCGGUAAAGCUGAUUUCACCUCCAUGAUCGAGGACCUAGGCCUACGUAAGGUUAACUCCGACAAACCCUUCUUUAUACAGGUCAUGGUUUUUAACUUUUAAAGUCCAGAAACUGUGUUGAUUAGAUAAUCCAGAGUAUACACAUCGCUUCCAACUGAUGGUCUCCUCGUUCGGUCUUCAAGCUUCGGCGCAAUGCAAUUAUUCUUAUAAUGACCUUCUAUGUGCGAAGGUUUCAGUUUGGAACGGCAUUUUUAGUUUUUCCGAAGACAUCAGUCUUGUCAAAAUCGACUAUAACAGGGGAGAAGCUGGUCUAAAACAUCGUUAUUGCAUUUUAGGUCAUUGGGAACAAAUUCACACGUAUGAAUAUCGUCUUACGCGACUGCCGAGUUAGGAGGGAUAAGAAAAGGUUAAAAAUAACCCUCAGGUAUACGCUACCCAAGAGGGUAUAGGAGAGAUUAAGAAUAACCCUCAGGUAUACACUACCCGAGAGGGUAUGCGAGAGAUUAAAAAUAACCCUCAGGUAUACACAACCCAAGAGGGUAUAGGAGAGAUUAAGAAUAACCCUCUGGUAUACACUACCCAAGAGGGUAUGCAAGAGAUUAAAAAUAUCCCUCAGGUAUACACUACCCAAGAGGGUAUAGGAGAGAUUAAGAAUAACACUCAGGUAUACACUACCCAAUAGGGUAUGCAAGAGAUUAAAAAAAACCUUCAGGUAUGCACUACCCAAGAGGGUAUAGAAGUGAUUAAAAAUAACCCUCAGGUAUACACUACCCAAGAGGGUAUGAAAGAGAUUAAAAAUAACCCUCAGGUAUACACUACCCAGGAGGGUAUAGAAUAGAUUAGAACUAACCCUCAGGUAUACUCUACCCAAGAGGGUAUAGAAGAUAUUAAAAAUAACCCUCAGGUAUACACUACCCAAGAGGGUAUAGCAGAGAUUAAAAAUAACCCUCAGGUAUACUCUACCCAAGAGGGUAUGCAAGAGAUUAAAAUAACCCUCAGGUAUACUCUACCCAAGAGGGUAUAGAAGAUAUUAAAAAUUAAUCCUCAGGUAUACUCUACCCAAGAGGGUAUGUCAGAGAUUAAAGGUAAUCCUCAGGUAUACCUACCCAGGAGGGCACGAAAAAUUGAAUUCACACUAAUUUAUAUCAGGAGACCGCUCUUUGUCUGGACUCUUUCUGUUGACUGUAAGUUGAGGCAUCCACCAUUAACUUAUAUCAUUAUUAUCCUUUACUAGUUCCUGAAUGUCUUUGUCAAGCUCGGAUAGUCUUGACUGACAUCAUUGCAAUUUCCCAUGAUAUUUCGACUAGAGACAUUUCCCGCCUAAAAUGUAUGGUCGAGGGCGAUUUGAUUUACCGCAUAAACUACAAGAUUAUAUUUUGAGACCUUGCGAAUCCAUCUGCUGGAUUUCUCCCUGUUUAAUUAAUCUGGCACAGAGACCAAUUGAAGAUAUAACAUACAUGUUAUUUGGUUACCUAGCGUUGAACGAACAGCCUUUGUUGGCGCGCUUGAGACCUGCUGGCGGGACAGAACGUAUUGUAGUCAUCCCGGAAUCGACGAAACAAUUCGUUCAUUGCAAAAGCUUUCGGCCUGAUUUCACAUUAACUUUUCGUUAGCACAUACCAAGACUUUUUGGGGUCGAGAUUGGAUCCCGUAACUAUAGAAAGCUCAGCCGAUCGAUCGAAGACUUCAGCCUCCACGAUAAGAUCGCGCCAAGUGAUUUUAAUGCCAGAUUUCUUGCGUUUUCGUAAUUGAAACUCGAGCAUAGAUGCAGUAUUUAUAAUUAGGUGAACCUUUAACUUAUAAUCAACAAGUUUAAGUAACCGCACAGACACCUAGCGACCGCAAACGUUGAUGUAAUUCUCUUCACUGAUGACAGAGAUAUAGCGCCUCCGUAGAAUGCAUGCUGCGAACUUUUUUCGGGGCCAAAGCUCCUCAUGAUGAGUAACAUCGACAUCACAAGAAGGAAAGCAUUAAGAAAAGAUGUCGCUACGCUGGAAAGAGCAAAGAGAAAAGCAGCUCCAGGGUGAGACUCAUCCAUCAGAAACAUGGAACUCUAUACCUUCUGACAUUGCGAAUCUUAGUCAGUUGCUUGUUUUAAAACAAGUCUAACAAAUUAUUUUAGAUAGGCUUUAGAUUACUAUUUGGAGAUAAGUCUCAUUAUAAUUGUAUUUUUACAAUAAUUCAGUUAUCAAGAUUAUUCAUGUUAUUUACAUAUUUAUAUUUUUUGAGUUGGUGUGAUGUCAUAUCGGACUUAGUACAGUUAUGAUGUAGAUGUAGAAGGAAAGAGUCACCAUGUUUCAUGGUGGACAGGGUCAAGACAAGAUGAACUUCUUCAUAAUUACUUGGAAUUUCACUUUUCUCCAACUUCUUUCAAAGGUUUAAUAUUUCCCUAUCUCUGAAGUGAAAUUCCUUAACUCUUCCCUGACCUUGAAGAACUUUUGUUUAACUUGACGUGUGGCAAACAUACUUUCUACUGGUCCCACAAAACACUCCUCAAAAAUACACACCAAUGGAAAACGUUACGAUUUCUUAUUACCAGUUCGUCAUACCUAUCGACCAAGAGAGUAUGCACAUUAUUUAAAACAUUUAGUAAAGGAAAUGCGUAAAUGGUCUCACGCGGAUAGACAUGCAAAGAGAGCUUUUCUCUAUUACAACUUAGAAACGAGUUAGCCAAGAUAUAAAUCUGCACUCAACAGAAGACCAAUAUUCGCAGAAUCUUUUAUAUAAAAAAUACAUAUCUACAUGUCUGAUAUUUUAAAAACUUUUUUUCCACGCUAAGGCAAGUUAACGAGGUACAAGGACAUCACAAAAGUAAGCAAUACCAUAAAUGUUCCUAACCUCGCGCUUCCAAGAUAUCGAUUAUUUGUUCUCUCAAUUUUGAAUUAAUUUGACCCAUGUUAUGCAAAUUCCAUGAAAUCCGCCGCAUGCAUCAAAUAGCAAACAAAAUGGCUCAGGACCUCUUUACACGAACCCGGGUUAAAUCAUAAUAAAGAGUCGGCUGAAUAUGAACCUAUAGCUAUGACACGAGCCCAGGCUGCCAAUCUGCACCAGAAUAUGGUUUGAUGGAAACUAAACUUCAACCUCUAUACCAACGAAAAACCUCAUGACAUCGGAUCGGCAUUAAGAAUAGCGGUAGUGUCACUUAUAACUUUAACGCUUAAUUGUCUCCCAUAAACGUGUAAAUUUUAAAAAAUAUUCCGUUGUGCCUAAUUAUCACGAUCGUUUUGGUGAUGCAGUCUUUCAUUAGCUCGUCAAAAACUCCUCGUUCGCUCAAUUCAGAACUAUCUUCUUCAGAUUUAGACCCCAUCACUAUCGGAAUCACUGUAAAAGUCUUGCGAAGUACCUCGGUUAAACGUGUACUUUUGCCUGUCAAAGCAAUCUAUGUAAGACCACCAUCCCCUUGUCCUCCCCACCGAAGAAUCUUUCCGAUCUCCAUGGCAAUCACUCAUUUGGUUGCGCUUGUCUGGGAGAUAGGUACGCACGCGUAGGGUUAUUACUGAUAAGGAACAGAAACACAGACACAAACACAAACACACUGUUUCUGUUGGGUUUGUACUGGACUGUCAAAUGGUACCAGUCCUUGAAACAGAGGGAAGUGAAGGGUCCUUUCCAUAUUUUUAUAGUUUUUCUUGAUCGGCAGACGCUCGGUGAGAUGACUUGCCUUUUGUGGACGUAAUUUCACUCUCUCUCUCUGCUGAGGACUAAAUUCGUCUAUACUUUUUCCUAGAAUGGAGUGAUUGCCUUGACUGACCACACGCUCACCUGUUUUAACGGAUACAAUAUUCAAUGGAGUAGUUAAAGUCUUGUUGAAAGAAUCUGAAAGAACAUUGAAUAAUAAACAAAUACCAACCGACUUGACGUUUUGACGACAUUUUCAAAAUUAUAUUGGGACUAAUCUCUACCACAUAGACAAUACUUCCAUCGACAGAGGAUGCUACAUCAUGAGGAUAGACUAAGGCCUGCAUCAAAGAAAAAAAUAACCUCAAUUGAAUGCUUGUUGUCUCAAAAGGAAGGAAAGGUAAUAAAGAUGGGACUGGCCUCACCACAGGCAGCCGAAGCUCACGUCUCGAGAAAAAGCCAUAGAUUAGUUCAUGAAAGCGUCAUGCGUUGUUAUGAAAGCGUCGAUGUUGUGGGAGGAGCCGUUGAAAAUUUGAACACGUUAUAAGGAAUAGUAUGAGGAACGAAAUAUGGUCGAUUUACAACAAUAAAUAUUUCGUAAUAUGAACAUUUUACACGUAAAAUCAAUAAAACUUACUUAAAUCCUGUGUUUAAUGAACCUGGUCAGGAAGACCUUACCAACAUAAAAACAAAAGUAAUGCUUAAUCCACCGAAAAAGAGCUAAUGGAUCAGAAAAAUCGAAGGAAAAACAAAAUGGCGAGACAAAAAACCGAUAUUACCUGGACCAGAGACGGAUUUUCCCCCCUAUGAACUCAACAGCUUUCCAGUUCCCUAUUGCAAUGAAAAAAAGAAAACAAACACUCAAAUAAUAAACCUAGUAAAAGAAAUAAAAAUAUUAAGAACUAAAAGUUUCAUAAAAUGUGCGUAAAAAGUGAGGUGGAUGUUUUAUUUUAAAUUAUUGUAACGCAAUCUGUAGCUUGAAAGCGGGAUUAUAUCAAGAAACCAUUAGCAGACAUGAUUUUUCAAAAAGAUUCUUCAGCUCAUAGACCUUGUGUGUAGGUGUGGUUUGCCGCGAGUAUGAGGUUUUUCCCUUUUUUUUUCCGACCAGCAUGCAUCCAUAAAGGUAUUGUAACCAACAGCUUUAACUGCUGAAGUACCUAGCAAUAGAAAAAAUUUGCCUCCCUAUUUACUGCAAAUCUCUCUUUUUUAAGUUUGACGUUUAAGCUUGAUUAAGUUUCGGAUGAAACGUGAAAAUUUGAACACAAAUGUAUCACUAAACCUAGCCUCAAUCACAAUAGUUAAAAAUUUUUCCGAUAAGAUGUUUUUUUCAGAAUUAUUUUAAUAUUGUUCAAACCCUACCCAUAUAAUCCAUAUUCAUCGUAGGCUUAAUAUAUACUGAACCUAUAGUAAAGUUGAGAAAGAGUAAAGUUUAGAUCAGUUUACGUAGUAAAACAAGCAACGUUUUCUGUUGCCCCGCUACCUACCAUUAGAUCCAAAAUAGGAUGAAAUCACUAAAAAGUAAACAUUAUAAGCAGCAUACAAAUUCAUUUCCUUCGAAUUUCUCGUAACCAAGUUAAUCUAUUUCGUAAGUCACUCAUGGAGCAAACUAUGUCGUCUUCACUAAAACGAUUCGCAUUGAAUGUGGAACUUGGAUGUGGGCAUCAUUUUGAUCUACUAUAAGAUUUACUUCCUCUGAGGCUGAAUAUUUGAAAAUAGUCAAAGGCUAACCUUCAAUGCAUUUUUCUGAGAACUUGUUAAAAUUUAAUCAUUUAUGAUUACGACUUCCCUUAAUGCUUUUGCCCCACAGACGUGCAAAGCAGGAUUAGACUGGUGCUGUCAACACGUCAACACGUUAGCAAAUGAUCAGAGUAAAAAAAUACACAAAAACCUACACUCAUCGAGGACAACUGGUUACUGUUUUUAUGAGCUGAAUUUUGUCAAUUAAAAUAGGGUUCUACAAUGAGCCAAUUAAACCAUGUGAAGUCGAAGGUCAGGCAAAUCAAAACACUUACAGAAACACGUCUGGCUAUGUGUCUUGCUUUGAGCUCGAUGGUAAAAUUGUGAAUCAAUGCUUUUGAAGUCUGAGUUCGAGCCUUUUACAGAAACCCCUCCCAUUCGUCUAUAAUAUAAAUCCCUAACAACACAUUUUCACUCUCAAUUUAUGAAGCAUUUGAAAGAUAUAUAUAUAGCAUUCGUAGAAUAACAUCUCUGAUUGGCAAGUUUGACUUCACUAGAUCGUGAGAAGGAUCGAUCGCGUUGAAGAGCAAAGGCUUCCAUCUAUGUAGGUAGCAUUUCUUUUUGUAAGUUUACUCGUAACGUGCUCUAACAAUCUAGGCAUAGCUAUGUGAUCGUGAAUUGUUUGGAUCGAUUUUGAAUCUACUUAUUUAUCGUGCAAAAAGACGGCGGAAACAGAAGUGUACGCCUCUGAAAAGUAAUAGACACAUCCUUCCAGUUCAUAGUUAUACCUAAUGGUGUGUUUCCUUUUGAGAAGAUUUUGGUUGUGUGACGAUAAAAAUUAACAAGUUAACAAAUAAAAAUUAAAAAAUAAACAAUAAGCUUCAUAACUUACCGUCGGUGUCGAAUUCGUCUCCGCUGCACAGGAACGCGCUGUUCCAGCAAAAGCGGAUGAUAAUAUCAUUACUAAGAAAUGGCUAUUUAUUUUUUCAAGAUUGGAUACUUUCCAAAAGCGUCAGGUCUUUGUUUGAAAAAGUUUAUUUUAUUUAAAAAUAAUUUAAAAAAUAAGACAGAAAAUGGUAAAAAACAACGAUGAAGAGAGAUAGAGAGACGAGGGGGAUUUCUUGCGCAUUAUUAAAACGCACCGAGAGGUCAUAGACUAUACUGACACUCGCAAAAAGGAGUCGGAGUCUUAAUCCAAGCAAUUAUGGAUAAUUUGAAGGUAGUGACUUGAUAAAAUGGGCUAUAAAAAGGUUCCAAACAGGUGUGCUGUUUUGGGGGAUGGAAUAUUUUCAAAAGAUUGCCAUACGGAACGGCUCCGAGUAAGUUUCUGCGAGAUGCCUAACUGCUUUAUUUUGACUUUGUGAGAAUCGACUGAAGGCCAUUCGAGACAGUUUCAAUUUUUAUUUCUUUACGCGGCAAAAAAAGAAAAGAAAAGAAAGUCACCUUACGAUUUGGAAAUAACUGCCUACAAAUGAUGGUUAGCCUGUGUGUAGUAUCGUCCCGGUUGCGGCAAUAAAAAUCGAUCCACUCGCUACGAUAUCUUACCAAAUCAUGUCUUACAAUUAUACAAUGACUAGCGCAGUUUUAAUCAUUUUUACCAAACACAUUUUAGAGGUCAAUCGAGAAGCUUUUACUUUACAAUGGGUAGAGUAAUUUGUCACCUGAAGUCCUCUGCCCCUUACAGUAAUAAAAAGAGGAAAAAGCUUUGCUCCUUAACAAUGAUUUUAACUUCACUUUAUCAUUAAAAAAAGAAAAAAAAAAUGAAAAAUUUAAGGGAUCUUAUUGUUGCGUACUUUUCAAUGAAGUCUAACCCCACCCCCAUAAGGACGUUAAAACUUUUGAUGUAUUAGUCAAACAUGAACUAUUUAAACAACACUCCUUUGAAUACUCUUACAUUUUCUAAUUUGCUUUGCCACUCUACAAUAGGACAUUGAGUGGAACUGAAAGAUCUUUUUAUGUUUCCUCUCUUCCUAGAAAAAUUAGUGGCAAGAGUCGUCUACUUUCUUCAAAAUAUAUGUAGAAGCUUCGAUCUCGUUGGCGAAUCGAGCUUCCACAAAUCCUCUUUUAACGAUAGCCUACCUUUGGUGCGUCCGUUAAAAGUGAAAGAUAAAUUUUACAAGAUUGUUCAAUACAGUUCAACAUCCGCACAGACAUUUUAUAUAUCAUGUGAAAUUGAACUAUUUACACAAUUCUCCUUUGAAUAAUCGAACGUUUUCUAAUUUGCUCUGCCACUCUUCACCGUUUGUUUCAAUAGGACAGUGAGUGGAACUGCAUGAUCUUUUUAUGUUUCCCCCCUUUACUUUUCCUCGUGAAUCUGUUCCAACGACUGUAGUGCCUUCAGAUAGCUGGUUGACGUUAGGUUUCUCAUCAAGUAUUAGUAUGUCAUCUUUGCUUAAAUAUUUGUAUCGUUUUCCUUCAACGACCUCCCACUUGACGCCCCAGACAGACGCAAAACGCCCCUUACGAUAUGUUCCUCCCUCUUUGAAGAGGACUGCGGAGCCUGGCAUGAUACAACCUAAAAGACAAGAACGCAAAACGUGAGGGGAGACAACAAUAUGAAUAUUUACUGCAUCAAAACUGAGGUGAUUCUCAAGCUGAACUUCGAACAGUUUCUCGUCUAAAGGAUUUAUUUAAUACUUCAUAUAACCAUCAAUGCUGUUCACUGUGAUUUUAGAAGAAAAGACGUUUUAAUUUUCUACAUUUCAGUCAUAACACCGUUCCAUUUUAACUCCUAGAUGCUUAUCCAAAAAGGGCUUUGGAGAGAGAACUCAAAGAUACAAUUCAUCGAUGAACUAAGUGAUCUAACCUCGAUGUACUGCGUCACAUCCAUAUAACGUCGGUGUUAAACAACUAGAGAUUCUUCGUCUGGUGAAAAGCAGAACUUGCACAAACCGAGUAAUAACCGGUUGAGGAAAUUUCAAUGCUUCCACUCCUUCAUUGAAAUGUGGCUGUAGGUAUGAAAAUCUGAUGUUAUAAUCGUGUAAGCGAAUAUGACUAUGCUAUACUUGAAUAUCAAAUUUUAAUAUUCUACUUUAUCACUCUCCCACAGUCUAGAGCAGAAAAAUACGGGGAAAAAGAGGAAAAGUUGUUUCUACCUUGAAAGGUUUGCCAAAGUUUACCCAUUUGUUGGAAAGAAGUGCUUUUAUUUGAAUCUGUUGAACAUUUCCUUUAUCUUGUCCCAGCUGGAUACUUGCCGCCGUAAUAGUAUUUUCCUUUGGGAGCAUUAUCUCUAAAGAAGUCAUCCUUUUUCCGAUUGAACAGUAGAUAUUUCUCCUGUUGAUCCCGUGAAGUGGACUAUCAGGGUAAGAGCAGGAUGCUAAAAAUGCAAAAUACAAAAAAAUGAAAAUAAUAGCAAUCGUCUAAAAUCAUACUGUAUGAGCGAGAGUGAAAACAGCUUACGAGCUAAAUAGUUGCACUAAGAGAGUUUCUUCUCCCUGACCUGCUUGACCGAGCGCUUGAGUUUCAUGGUCGUAGAGUGAUCGGAUAUCAUCAAGCUUAUCGUUGUGAACUUGUGAACUGACCUUUCGCGGUCGUAAAAACAUUACAAAUUUGGCCGAUGUUGAUCCGCAUUUCUUGGUAUGUUCAUGUGAGUAAGUACAAACACUAAGGUAUUUUAAGUGAGGUCUUAUAUGCUUAAAUUAAAAAGCGAGAGAACUUUUUUUUUAAUUGUAUCAAAACAUAACAAUCGAUAUCUCGAUCGAUAAUAAAUAGGGUGGGGGCUACAACACUCAUUUUUUAGCCGAAGGCAUCAUGACCAAAUGGACCGUGUUCCCGAAAAGUUGUACUUUUGCAAUGGAAACUAAUGAGAAAUUAUGGAAGUGUACGACCAUCAAGUGCUAACUUGUUACGAAAUGGGGAAAUCUUUUCGAGCUUAUUUAUGUUUCUUUUCAACAUUACGAAAGCGUGUGAUAUUGUUCUAAGGCCUUUGGAUGCUCAAAUAUUUAAUCACAAGAGAGAGAUUUACCUAAACACUUUGGAACAUCUCCAUCCCACGUCUUGUUCCUUUGGCAACAAAGGGAUGAUUUGCCAUUCAAGGUGUAGCCUUUAUCACACUGGAAUUCUACUAUUCCUCUGAAAGCAAAGUUUUUAACGACAUUUGUUUGCCUUCCAUGUGUUGGUGUUCCUGGAUCUCCGCACGAAAUUACUAGGAAAAAUGGCCAUAUACAUAACUUAUCAAAGACCAAAUAACAAAACCCGUAAUCAUAUCUACAGGGUUAUUCAUUUACUAAUCUAAGAUAUUGAUGAGAAACGAAAUGGUUUAAUAAAUAAAAAUCUAAGAUAAACUCUUGACAUCGUCGCUUGACGAAGAUUAGCCGUGUAGAAGUCAAAACGACGCGGUAAAUACGAUUGAUAGCCUGACUCCACUUUGCGAGGCGAACAAUUACACGUUCAUUUAUCUAUAGAACCGUAAUGCACAACAGCAUCUUCCAUUCCUUCCACAUCUUACCUUUGCACUGGGGCAUCUUGUGACUCCACUUUCCAUCCAAACAUUGAAUGGUUUUUUCCCCGACAUGCUCAAAGUCACCAUCACAUUGAAAUUUUAUGAAUUUCCCAUGCGUAAAGUCAUCUCCUAUUCUUAUUCCAUUCCCUGGUUCACCAGGGUCUAAACAUGGAGCUGAAAGAUAAAUUCCGUGUAAAUGUAAGCAUUUGGAUCCGUUUGUCGUGUAAUUUAUUUAAUAAAUGAGAAAAUAAGCUCAGAGAGAAUACUAGGGAAAAUGGAUCAAAUGGCUGAUGUCCAUACAAUCUGAAAACUAUUCGAUUGUACUGUCGAGUUAAUCAAUAUAUAAAUAUCACUUAUUACGUAUAAGUUUAGAUGCCAAAGCUAUUUUUACUUUUCAAUUUCUAUUUUUUCCCCUUACGUUUGUUUUGAUAAUUACUUGUUGCUUUGUUUUUGUUGUUGUUGUUUUGUUUAAUUUGAUAGCAUUUGAUAAUUUUUCAGCUCCGAAGUUGGCACCAAUAAUAGCAACCCCCUCCCCUCCUUCCUUGCGCCAUUAUAACACAACGACGUUCAAUAGGCCAUCUUACAGUUGUUUACUUAGUUGACAAGCCUUUGAUUUGGAGAGAGGCUGAAGGUGACCAUGUUGCGAUAGAGACCAAUAUCUAGUUAGCAAAACUAAAUAUAACAAAGCAAUUUACAUUUGAAAAACAGCAAGGUUUGUAUCAUAACAAGUUCAACCUUAGCCUCACUUCUAUUCAAAGGCUUGGCAGGCAAUCAGGCAACUGUAAAAUGGACUAUUACGAUUCUUUAGCGACAAUUUUACUCACCAAGGCAACUUGGGGCAGAUGAACUCCACUCUUUUGUUUCCCCACAGGUUAUUAUUUUGGAUCCUUCCAAAGUGUAAUUCACCUCACAAGCGAAUUCCACCGAGCUACCAUAAUUAAAACCAUUUGUAAUACUAACUUGUUUCACAUUCGCUGGGGUAUCUGGAUUCCCACAGUUUAUAACUGUAAAAAAAAUUUCAAAUGUGAAAUUCCUUCAGGAAUACAAGGGCGUAUAAAAUUUAGGAUCACUUUAUCACAUAUCUAUUAAGACGAUGUAAUUUUCAAUUUGUUUGCAACACAAACGUUCACGUGAUAAUGAGAUUAAAUGGCCAAUAACGAAAUGGCACGGUCUGUGACAUUUUGAAUACCGCAGGCUUUCAUAAAACACACUAAGUUUGAACAACAGCGAGACAAAAGUGCGCGAAGGAUGUAGGUUGGGCCUUUGCAAAUUGAAUCAUUCUCUUUUGAAAAUAGGUGUAAUGUUAAAGUUAGUUUGUAAAAGAAUAGUACUUACUUUGGCAUGAAGGUUCCACUCCGCUCCACUGUUCAUCGUUUUGACAAACUCGAGUCUCUGAGCCAAUCAGCUCGUAGCUUUUCUCCUUACACCGAUAUUUCACGUAACCGCCAAAUCGCGUGUGACCGGUUUCCGAAACUAUUAAAACUUUAUGUGGAGUUGACAACCUGCCGCAAUCAAUUGCUUUAAGGGACAAAAAUAAUAUGGAGAUAAUUAUAAAGCAACAGCAAACUUAGCUCCAAUUUGUUCGCUCGUCCAUCACUUUGAGGACUGACCAUAAUAAAACUUUUAAGUUGUUUAAAGGAAGGGGAGUGGGGACUUUGGAUAACAGGUAACACGAAUUUUCACGAGAGAUUCGUCCCCAAAGAAAUCUAUGGCAUGAAUGUUACUUGUCGUUUGCAAGAUACCUUUAUUUCUGGGGAGCUCGCUGAGUCCCUAAUUUGUAUUUUCACGCUCUUUCCCCUUUCUCCGAGAGCUUUCCAUUUGCUUAGUAAAACAGCAUCUAAUGAAACACUAAGUAGCAUCAUUUCUUACGUUUACAGGUUGGCGCACGUCCACUCCAUGUUUGAUUCGCCUGACAUUGGCGAUACUUGUCUCCAACCAACUUGAAGCCGGGGUUACAUUCAAAAUAAACCUUACUACGGAACGUAAAAACGUGUGAUUUAAUGUUGCCAUGGAGAGGGAUUUGUGGCCUGCCACAACUUUUAGCUGUGAACACAAAGGAAAUAAAACUACCAUUAAUCGAUCAAAAAAAACACAAUAUUUACCACUGAGAAAGAUACGAUGAAUAGCUCAGUUUUAGCCCUUUUCAGUAAAACUUAUCCAUCGACUUAAUGUUUUGCCUGAAAUAUUGACGUAACAACGAUGUCUUUACCAUCACGACUAAAGUGAAGAGAGCCUUAGCAGCCUGUGUGUAUGAGGCGUGCCUGUGUGUAUGAGGUUCAUUGGCGUCGAAACAUCCUCUGACGGAUAAUAGCCGGUUCCAUUUUCUUUAUCAUUGCACAAGCCCUCUAUCGGAGAGUCGAGCUAAAAACUAGGGCGCUUCGUAUUCUGUUGCACAUCGCGAGUGCGUGAAUGCAAAUUUUUCAUAGGCAGGCUUUAAGGACUUGUUAAAACUACUAAUCAAAAUUUUUAACCAUCAAGCUAUUAUGUUACGCAAGACAUGUCUGGAUAAAAUUUCAGCAAGGUAAAAUACUCUGGUCCGCCGCUAGUCCAGUUGGCACACGUGAAAGCAGAACUAAACAAUUUUUUCCUGGUCCAUCUGACCCGUUUUCUUUGGUGGGAGACGAAGAGCUCGAGCGCCGCUGUUAUUCACAUUGCUUCGACUCGUAUCAUGGUUGCCAUCACUUGAGAAAUACUCCUUCCAUCGAAGGUAUCGAAGCUACCGCCAAAAUUUGAAAAUGUUUUUUCGAAUUUUGGAUUCGCGAAAAAUUGGAAUGCAUUUGAAUUUGCUCCGCCAGCGCGUCCCUGCUCUUACUUAAAUAAGAAGAGGAGCACAAUGGAAGACCACCAAAAGGAUCUCGCUUUUUUCGGAUCAGAACAAUUUACAAUUCAUGGAAAACGUUGUCGUGAGUUUACAUUCAUUUUUGUAAACCACUUUCUCGGAAAAUGCAACAGAACCGCGCAAGAGUGUGGCUAGAAAACUUUUUCAGGACCAGCUCGCGUAAACCACACGUCAGUUUUAUCAUAGUUUCACACAGGAUUGUGUGAGGGAGGUGAAACAGGUCACAUGAUAAUAGAAAAAAAACAUACCGAUGCACUUGAAUUCUCUUUUCAGCCACGUCGUAUAGUUACACUCCAUAAUCGGCGAUCCCGUCAAAAGAUGACCUUCAUGACAGGCCAGAUAAAGGGUUGUACCGUGUGUGUAUCUCACUUGAUCCGUUCUUGGAUAUAUGAUACGUGAAUUACUUGGAAUGGAGGGUUUUACACAUGGCAUAACUGGAAAAAAACAAAGAGCAAUGUUCAUAAACAACUAUUAAGUUAAAACCUAGAACCUACCUUUGUGACUGAGUAAUCUAGCCAGGUAUUUUAUUUGCCCCCUUUCAUGUACGUGAGCCAUGUGUUAUAUUGCUUCACUGAUAUAAAAGAUAUAUUAGAGCCUAUUUUGGGGUUAUUUUUGUUUGAUAUUACAAUCAUUUAGAAUGGUGUGAUAAAAUACGCAUAGACAGAACCAAUGUAAGUGUGGCAACUAAAACUCAUGCUUUGAUCCUAAUUAUCUGUUUUAAAAGAAAAUGGUUAAGAUUCUUCCUGUAGCCAUUUUCUCAUGGUAAAAAUUUAUGGAUGAAAGAUUGACUUUAAGUUAUGCAACUAUAUAUGUGUUCCGCACUUCUUGUUAAAUGAUAAAAUUACAAUUAUAGUUAAUCUACAAUAUCGUAAGGGUUUUCUGUAUUGGUGUUAGAAAGAAAAGGAAUGGAAAUAUUAUAUUAAUUUAAGUCAUUUAAUGUAAAUUAUAAAAAGGGCAGGUUGAUUACUUCGUACUCCUUCUUGGUGGUCUUAUCUUAGAGGUCGAGUUUGAUCACGUUCUUCUUGUGAGUUUGGCCACGUUCUUCUUGUGAGUUUGGCCACGUUCUCCUAGUGAGUUUAAUCACGUUUUCUUCGUUGUGAUCGUGAGGUCGACAUGGAACUCGCGAUAAGCCAUGUUCUUAAAUAAGUUAAUUUGUUAGUCCAGGAAGAGCAAAUCUCCCUGGUAAUAGGUCGCGUUCGACACCUUCGUGUUCCCAGAGGUAAUUUAAAGGAAAACAGGUGAUACCCCUCAUGUUUCGCAACAAGAAGCAAUUUGGGGGCGGUACUUGUGAGCGCCUUUCUUCUUUAACUCUUAUGACCUAGAUGUUGUUAUGUAACAAUCUUUAAAGGUGAUUUUCUCUUAAGAUACACUUUCAGGUAUAAGUAAUACUCUACACCAAGGUUAUUUGUGAUUUUUAUAUUGUCGAUCUCGUUUCUGUUCUGGCCGAUCUCAACCGUAAAGAUAUGAAAAUUAGGAAAGAAAUUGAUUUUGUAACUGCGUAGACAACCCUAAGGUGCUUACUCAGUAUGUGGGAACUAUAAUACGUAGUCAAGCGUGAUUCGCUAGUUGAGAUGUUACGAUGACGACACAAAAAGAUUGAUGGCUUAGAAAUGUCAUUCACAGUGUCACCUUUCUAAGCGGAGACUCUAGUUUUCCCUGAUAUAUUGAAGCUAGUCCCCAUUGUAACAACUUGAGAAGAAAAGUAAAUAAAGAAGGAUCAACCAAACCACAAACGAGUGUUAGAAAAAUUAAUUCUAACAUUCUUAAAUAAGCACACAGGCGCUAAUCUCAGAUCUUGCCCUCGGUGAGGGGCGCUUAUUGGAAAGAGGGCGCUUAAUCGAGCGGAGCGUGUUAGUUAGCGUGACAAUUGGGCAAAAGUUAAAAGACCAGAUAAUGUGAAUAAAGGAACUCUGCGAACACAUGGAGAAAGAAAGAACUCAAAGUGACCUAAUUGAAUGGAAAGUAUUCUCCUGUACUGAUUCCGACGUAUUUCUCAGUCUUCGCAAUACACAUAGUGACAAAAAAUAUAAAAGAGGAAAUAGAACCAAAAAAAAAAGAAGGUGGAGUUCCUGCAAUUUUUUGAAAAACCCACACGUAUUAAAAGAAUAUGCUACGCACAAUCUAUUAGCUAAGAUACAUUCUUAAAAAUCUUCCCUGGGAUGUCGAGGAAUUACUAACCUUUACAUUGCGGGACAGAAGAGUUCCACCUUCCAUUAAUACAACGAAGACUGCGAUCUCCAACCAACUCAUAGCCAUAUUUGCAGUUAAAAGAAACCACUUGUCCAUGGGAGAAGCGUGUGCCAAACACGUGACCAUUUGGGAGAUUCAUAAUCUUCGUGCAGUUAGCUGAGAAAUAAACAUAGAACAAUGCUUUAGGAAAUGAAAAUCAAAGCUGUUCGGCCCUCAGAUGCAAAUGGCGCAUCAGAAGGAUAAAAGAAAGAAAAUUUAGUGCUGGAGAUUUGGAAUAGGCCAUUUAUAAAGAGGUCAAUUGGUCAGGGAAAAUAAGACAGCUUACCUUUACAAGUUGGAACUUGUGAACUCCAAACGCCCUUGUUGCAUGUUAAUGCUGAAGCCCCAAAUAGAUCAAAGCCUGUAAAACAAGUGAAGUUUGCUUCUGCACCAUGGCUGUUGUCAUUGCCAUGUAGUGUACCGUUAGCUGGACUUUGCAGACGAACACACGACGGCAACUCUGUAGGAGAAAAAUAUCAUAUUCAAUUGACCUCUUAACAUAUUCGUGGUAAAAGAUAAAAAAGGGCUAAAACGCUGCGUUGCAAGCAGUUUUAAUCAGUUUUAUGUCAAGUAGUUGUCAAAGUUUUGAUACAAAUUUUUAAAAUUGCAUCAAAACUUUGACAGCUAAUUAACUUGCAUUAAAAUGCAAGUUUAUUAGCUUUACGAUCGUCUCGAUAACUUAAUAUAAGUUUUACGAUCGUCUCGAUAACUUGAUAUAAGUUUUACGAUCGUUUCAAUGACUUACUUUGACAAUAGGGUAACUUUCCAUUCCAUUGUCCAUCUAUGCACUCCAACCUUGUCUUACCGAUCAGCUGGAAACUUUUAUUAGCACAGCGAAAUUCUAUGGCAGCCUUGCCAACUUGUGGGGUCACAUGAGAUACUUUACCAUUUAAAAUGUUACCCACCUCCGGACAAAACCCUAGAUGAAGCAAUAACAUUUUUAGGUGGAGAAGAUUAAAAAACGAUUAAACUGUCUUCAGUUUUUGUCAUAAAUUGACAAUGAAAAGCUAUCUUGUGUUGAGCAUAAAGCAUUAUAUCUUUUCACUAUUACACAGGUGGUGACAAGUGACAAAAAAUGGGAACCGAACCUCUUUCAUCUUCAUUUUAGAACUCUCUUUGUUUCUGUAGUGAUUAUCUAUGAUAUUUCUAGAGGCUUGGAAAUGAAAAGUUUGACAUGCAACAUUUUUGCACGAAUCAGCGAAUGUUGUUUUGAAAUGCGGAACCACUAAACAAUGCCGAUCUAAAGUUAUAGAACAUUUUUUUUUUAUUCUAAAGAUAAUUUACAUCAUACCAAGACAUCGGAAUUGUGUCUGUGUCCAUUUGUUCCCAUUGCAUGUUAUAAUUGGCAUUCCAUCUAGAUAAAAACCCUGUUUACAGCCAAAGAGGAUUACUUGGCCGUUUUGGUACUUUUCUCGCCGAGUGGGAUGAGUGAUGACUGAGCCAUGAGGAGAGGUUGGUUGAUCACACGCGGAGCCUUAAAAAAAAAUAGACAGCUGACGUCAAGCUUCCGAGACGAACGGCGAGUCAAUGUCACAAUAUCAAUCCCUUUACAACAAAUGACCUGAGUUAAGAAACAAAUAGUUUCCGCCUAAUAAUGGUAAAUUAUUUGCAAAGAAAGGCUAAUUUAAUGACCCUGAAGUGUAUAACGUUAAGUCCUAACAUUUCUUGAACAAUCUUGGGGUUUCCUGAUUUGUUGGGCAUGCGCCUUUCCAUAUGUGUUAUAAUUCUCUUUGAAUUAUCUUGUAAAUAUUGGAUGCGUAGAUAUCAAAUGGCUCAACCGGAACAGACAGAGCUGCCCUUGAGAAUCUGGCUAAUGAUGCUUACCCUUAUGCCUAUCUCAUGGUCACUUAUCCUUAACUUGUCAUGAAUAUGGAUAGUCUUGUUUCACUUUUCGGAAAGUAGGCAGACUCUUAGAAAUGGAGGCAGCGAUGCGGAAAAAAAUAAGCAUCUCUGUCUUUUGUAUGACAAAAUGCUGACGGAUAACACAUGACACCCUCUUCCGCUUAAUUUGAGAGUAACGCGUUGCUUAUUUUUCGGUCUCGGCGCCAAAGAAAGCUUAUUGCCCUUUGCAUAAGGCAAAUAUCUCUUUUCCUCAGUGAGAUGUGAGACACGGAUCCGAAACCAUGUGUGCGACAUCAAAAUUUAUAACUGAUAGCUUUGUCAACUUUUAAAGAUAUUUGAGUAUUGUAGUUUUCGUCAGUCACCAGAUGUGAAGGUCACAAGCAAGGGAAUAUUCAAGAGUCUCAAGACAGAAACUAACAGUGUACAGUUCAUUUCGUUAAGGAAAACCCUGAAAACCCCCUUUCCAUUGGCCUACUCAAGAAUAAGAAUAUGUAAAGGCACGUCAAACUUAAAACUAACUGCACUGCUAUCAAACAUCAGUUCACAUUUGCCGAAUGAGCGGCGUCUCCAGAAGAGUUCAGUGGCACGCGCCCUUGCUUGCUAUAUUAAAAAAAUUUUUACAACUUUUAGAUGAAAACAAAGCUGAAAGCUGACGCAUGACAUCCCCUUUCGUUUUGAGAGAACAGGGUUGUUUAUCUUCCAACUGGAGUGUUAAGGGAAGCUAAUUGAGCAUUACAUGUAUGAGAGGUUACUCACCAUAUGUGACGAUCACAAACGAGAAUAUAAAGGAUGCUGAAACCAACCCCGCACGUUUCAUGAGGAAGCCCGUAAAAUCUAACCUUCUUACUGAAAUAGGUUGCUCAAAUUGAGAUAAGGAUGUGGGAAGACAACCAUUUAUAUGCAAUGUACUUCAACUUCCUUUAAUACUGUAAUCUAAUGUAAGAAUAUUAAUGUCAAAGGGGCAGCAUCUUCAGCAGCGUUAAGUGUCACGAAUCCCUACCAUUUGGCUUGUAUUGAUUUUGACUGAUUUACAUUGAAAAGCAAAUUAGUCUACUACAGUGUGUAAUUGGAAAACAAACAAGCUAUUCAGUGAAAUAGCCACUUCCUGCAUCUUCACCCGUAAAUGAUAAGAUACAAAGACUUCUCAUGACGGACAGCUAACAAGAUACCAACAAGUUAAUUUAGCUUCCCAGCUUGCUUUGUAAUUUGUCGUCCGAUUUCAUUGUUCAAUUCAAACGUGAUGUAGUAUCUUUUGAACUUUAAAUAAUUGAAUUAUUUAAUGAGUUUACAGAACAAUUAAAUUUCCUGAUUGUGACAUACCCUACGAAAAUGUGUUCUUAAAAUCAUGCGAGGGCAAUUGAGUGAGAUUGGGUUAAUCUUUUUCAUUUCCUUAUUUUGGUUGUCGCGUCAUUGGAGAGCCUAAACAUUGCGGAGGCUGAUUUUUUUUGACAGUUUCUACAUACUCGUAUGCCAAUUCCAUGGUUGAAGCCCUGUCACUUUCUUUUCGUGAUCAAAUGUCGAUAUUCUUGUCUUUCUUUGCAGAAAUCAGGCAUAUAAGUCGAAGUGAGAGCGACGAUGCGAAAAAAGACAUUUUUUGUAACGUAAUUUUAAGUUUUUCGUGAAAUGCUUACGGAUGAAACAGGCAAGAUCUUUCGCUUUGAGAGUACAGUUUUGGUUAUUUUCCGGACUCUGCGCAAAAGUUUGCUCCUAUCAAGCGGAAAAGAUUUCUUUUCCUCUAUGAGAUUUUGAGAAAAGGAUUCGAAGCUGUGGGUGUCUUUUUUUUCUUUUUUUUCUUAUGUAUCACUGAUAACUUUGUUAACGUUUAAUGUGAUAUAGGUAUGUUACUGUUCGUACUCAACUGCAUGUGUGACGACCACGAGCAAGAUAACGUUCAACACAGACACUAACAAUGCACGGUUCAUUUCAUUAAGGGAUACCCUGAAACUACCUAUUCCAUUGGUUUGAACAAAAAUAGGGAUGUGUAAAGGCACAUUACCUUUUUCUGUGUGACAAACUCAUACUAAUUACGCUGUAAUUAACAGUACUUUCAAUUUGCCGAAGGAGCAGUGUCUCCGGCAGAGUUCAGUGACACGUGCCUCUGCAUGUUAAGGUAAUAAUUUAAGAAAAAAGAAAAGAAAGCUGAAAAAUAAAGCUUGGCAUAUUGUUUCGUAUGGGGUCUGAGUAUUGCGCUGUAUACCUUCCAGCUUCAGCGCUCAAGGAAGUUUAUUGAGUAUAACAUGUAAGAGAGGAUACUUCUCUUUAGAUAUGAACUUUUAAAAUCGAUAACUUAUUACUUGCACCUUUGUCAAAACUUAUUAUUUUUCGUGCUCAUCGUACGUGAUGAUCACAAACGAGAAUAGAAAGGACGCUGAAACCAACCCUCACAGAUAGGGAUGAUGAAAGACAUGUUUUUCUUUCUGUUUAAAUGCAAUGCCGUUUAACUUCCUUUUGUGUUUUAAUUAAAUAAAAGAAUAUGAAUGUCAAAGGGGUCAGCAUCUCCAUCAGCGUUAUUUGUCACGAAUCUCUACCGUUUGACUUGUCUUGCUUUGACUGAUUUACAUCGUAAGGCAACUUAGUCUUGUAUAGUAGGUAGUCUCGUUUGGUAUGUAAUUCAGUGCAAACGCCAUGUCGUUGACCUCAAGUGAUCGAAAAAAGGAAGCGAAACAGACAAGCGGUCCAGUCAGGCAACCGUUCCUUGCAUUUUCCGCACGCAAAUAACAUGAAACCAACUGGUCGAUAUAGCGCCCGGCUCGCACUGUAAUUAGCUUCUGAUUUCUUUGUUAAAUGUGUAAGUUACGCCGGUAAUCGCAAUUUCAAAACGAAAAUCUCAAUGCCGGUCAUCUUUUGUCUUACUCUCUUUGCUCUUUUUUUAUCUACGGUGACAAGUGUCGCUAAACUUAUUAAACUUGAAGCAUAGAUAAUCAGUUUUACCACCCAAUACACAAUGACUUAUUUUGCAUAUUGUCUUGGUCUCUUGCAAGCUGAAGUAGGACCGGAAGAGACCGAAAAUAAAGUUUUGAAGGCAACUCAUGGUUACCACCGUACGCUGUGUUUACGAUAACGAAAUGUAAUUUGAAGGUAUUACUUCUGCGUUUCAGACGCAAAGGAAUUAAAUAAGAAUCACGCACGAACGUGUCAAAGGAUUUUCUCUUUCAGCACACGCGUUCGGUCAAACGGUAACGUUAUCUUUGUUUUCUUACUUUUGAGCGUUGUUAUUUCUCAGGGUAUAGAGGGCAGGAAAGGAGACGUUAUCUGUCAACGAAGGGUUAUUUUUUAGUGCGGAAUUUGUUUCUACUUGAGCCAAAUCACUGAGGCUGAAACUGUGCUGUUAUUUUCUUUCCAUCGAAAGAUCUGUGUCUUUGGAAGUCAUUCAGCCCCGGCCGUUUAACUUUUUAUCAGAAUUGGGCAAUAUGGUGUUUCAAUCAGACCUACCAAGCCGCAGCACUGUCUUACUUAGUUUUACACUCAACUGUGUAUAUUUUCAACCUCUCCUUAUUUCCUUUAUCAUAAAUAGUUUACCAUCGAAACCAGCAGGAAACCAUACCAGAUGUAACAAUUUUUAUCAAAAACGACAGAGAAAUGAUGGCGCAACUAAGCGCAGAAAAUGUCUUCUCUGCUACAGGAAGAAAAUAACUUCCCUGACUUCUCAUGCGACGUCCUAAAAUCCGACCUCAACAUCCGCUACAACUGGAGCAGCUCAAAUUGAUAGCACGUUCGCACGUUCGGAGUGCGCGCGUGUAGGCUACUUUCCUUAGCAACUAAUUAUUUAUGUUUUUAAAGGCAGCGCUCAGACGUUAAAAAUAAACCGAAAAAUUAACUAGACAAUCUUAACACGUUAGUGCACUGAGCUCUGAAACUUAACUAGAAUUAAACCUAUAAACAAAGCAAGAUGCAGUUUUUGCGAUAUCAGGUAAGAUUUCAAUUUACUGUACAAUGUAACGCAAGUGAAGUUGAAAGGACUAAAUGGGAAAAUUUACGCGCUAGAUUGACCAAUGCAGUGAUUGAUCUUGACAGGGUGUUUCGAUCAUCGUCUUAAGAGGAUUUUUUUUUCUUAAGAGGCCAGAUACGUGAAAAGUAUUUGAACAGGCCUCGCAACUAUCAUCACAUUUUAAAAUUCAAUGAUAAGGAGCGACUAGUGCCACUGCACAGAAUAACAAAGGGCGAAACGUUCUUAUUUUAAAAAUUCAAAUCCGGCUAUUCCUUUUCAAGAUGGGGAAGUUAUGGGUCAAUAAAUAGCAAGCAGUAUCAAACAAUGGAAAUCGAUGAUAAACGAUACUCUAUGCCAACUGUUCGAUUGAAACCGGACAAAUAUCAAAGUUUUAUUCUGUAGUUAUAAGAUCAGAAAUGUUGCUUUCAGUUAUCACGAAGAGUUUCUAACAUUAGAUAACCUUCAACCUUCUCUAUACUAAAAGAGAAGAUUCUUCUUUCGGCGGGCUUAAAUUUAUUACAUUCUGUACCCAGUAAGGACACUCAAAGGAUGUUGGAUUUUAUUAGUCAUAUAAAACGUCUUUAACAUUGGCCAAGGACACUGCUCACAAAGUAACAAUUACAACCAAGUUCUGUCAAAAAAGAUUAGAUCUCCCUUCGUUCGUGUUGCUAUACACUUCCUUUAAGUUAGGCGAGAAAAGACACUUUAGGGGUAGGGCUAGACCUUUUUCAAUUCUCAUCACUCUUACAUUGAAUUAUGCAUUGAUCUUGUAAGGAGAAGUCAUCAUUCAAUAAAGGGUCGAAACCAAAACCCGCUAAAAGGAUGACUUUCAUACUCCAUGCAAUUCACAAUUUAGCUAGUUUGAUAAAAGGAGCUUCGGCUCAGAAGACAAUUCGAAUCAAUCAGAAAUAUGUUCGACAAAUGUUGUUGACUCGAUUAAAACAACUAAAUUUGGUAUUAUCAACUGAGUUGGCUGCCGUAGAGAGUUUCUAAAGCUGAUGUUUCGAGCGCCCGCACUUCUUCAAACUUGCCACAAAGCUGACCUAAAAUUUGCUUUGAUCUUUACUGGAUAUCUACUAAUCUGCUAAGAUAAGACAAAAUUAACUAAAUAGACCGUGCACUUGAGUUUCAAGCAUAUGAUUAGCUAAGAAAUAUUCACUGGGAAAAGAACUGAACCUCUCUCUUUUUUCCUAGAUUCUCUGGUAUGUGUUUUUGACUGCACUGAUGUUGGCCACUCAAAAUGUAAUGAGCCGAAAAAAUAGUAAGUUUUGGCGGAAAUUCACGCGUUUACUCCUUGAAUUCAGAAUUAAUUGACCAUCAGUCAAUGAAGUCGUUUUCUAUUGUGCCAUUCUAUUUUGGGGAUCUCCAUACAAUUUUACUGAGAGGGAGAAAGUUGAAUAAAAGGAAGUUCCAUCACCAAACUAAUAUCAAACUAAUGGCGAACAGAAGGAGCAAAGAAGCCUACGAACAAAAUUGCAAUCAGUCCUUUUAAAAAGGAAAUGCUAGGCAGGCGCAGGGCGCGUGUCUUUUUUACAUCAGCUGACAUGAAACGAGAGGCUUUAAUUUGGUAUUUCGUGAGAAUUCACCCUAUAAACAGAAGCGAGUUCUAAUUUCGGUUCAUUCAAAAUAAUUGAAGAAGAUGAAUUGAAUAAACUUGAAAUCUCAACGAAGAGAUUGAAUAUUAAGGGUAGUGACACCUAUUAUUAAUUUACAAAAAAUCAAUACGAAAAAAUUCUCACCGGAACAUUAAAUUCCAGUCCAGUAAAUUUAACUGCAUUCCUAAAAGAUAUUACCUUACUGGGAGCACGUUACGUGUUUCUUCUUAUCUUAGAAUGUAACAAGAAAUGCCUCGACAUUCUCCGUGAAACUCGAAGAAAUCCACCACCCAAUACUAGAGUGGAAAUACACAUCGGUUAUUGUAAGGCAAGAUAUGUUUGCCGAAAAGGAACUGACAUAAGAACUUGCAGGAAUGGGCAGUGGAUUGGAAGCAAAGCACUCAAGUGUCCAGGUGAAGUUUCUCUGGUUGACUCGCUUUGGUUUGGAUAAAUUACAACCAUUUGAUCGAACAGAAUGAAUUAUUACAAAUCAAAAUCCGUAAGCCACGUCGCCAUUCGAUGUUCAUAGGUUGAAUAAUAAACUGGAUUUUGUUUUACCGAUACAAAAAUAUCCAUUCCUAAGCUAGAUCGAAAGCAUUCCACUAUAAUCCAUGAUUAUUACUAGUUUAUGAUUGAAAACGUAAGAAACUGUUCUCAUAUUUUAUUUCAUAAUAUUUUCUAACAUUCUUUUUAUCAGCAUAUUGCGGCAAACCCGCGAACAUUCCACACGCCGCAUUCUCUGGUUCCCGUUUCAGCUUCAACAGUAUAUUAAAGUACAGAUGUGAUCAAGACUAUGUACUCAAAGGACCAAAAAGAAGGAAAUGCAGAAAAAACGGACAGUGGUCUUAGGCUCCUACAUGUUCACCAAGUAAAUUGAAUUUGAUAAUCUUUACACACCUGUAAAGACAACAACAAUUGUCAGUUGAGUGUCCAAAGUAAUCAGGGAUUAUUUUGGUUUUGCGUUAUAUUUUUAGGUAUAAUGAUAAGUCAGUCUUUCAGUCAGUCAGUAUGUGAAUCACUCAGCCUUUCUUCUUACAUCUCUCUUGAGUUAGUCAUUCAGUCUGUGAGUCAGUCUGUUAGCAUUUGAGUUAGUCAGUCAUUCGGUGAGUUGGUCAGUCAGUUAUGCAUAUAUGAGUCAGUCUGUCUGUCAGUCAGCUUGUGAGUCAGUCAGUAGGUCAGUCGGUCAGUCAGUCUUAGGAGUCUUUUGUUUCUUGUUUCUUUCAGAAACUCAUUAUUCCGUUCGUUCAGCCACUAGAAUAGUGGAGUGUUAAUUGGCAUGUGGAUCGACUGGCCUAUUCCACAAAGUAUCACCUUAAAAUACAGAAAAGACACGAAAAGAACAGAACAAAUGAAAGCGCAUUGCAAUAAACCGGUCUUCUUUGAAGUGAUCAUUAAUUUUUUUUAUGUUUUUUGUUCACAGAUUAUACACCCUGUGGUGUAAGUCCUGUUGACCUGAGGGCGAGAGUAGUCGGUGGUAAGAGUUCGAAAAGAGGCUGGUGGCCCUGGCAGAUUGGACUGCGCAGGGUCAACUCAAAAGGUAGUUUGAAUGGAAAAUUUUCAUUGUCUGGCUCAUUCAUUGAAUGCUGUAUAUAUCAGGAAAGCAUGACUAACAUUUUUGUUCCGACAUUCGGCAAAUCCUUUUAAGUAGCAUAUGACUGUCUGUGGCCUUUCACAACAGCAGAAAAAAAUUUAUCUUUCAAAUCUCACUCUUAAUUCUACACGCUAUCAACGAACGAUUGUCAUUCAACUGAUUUUUUUGUUUGUUUAUUUUUUCACGUUAUUAUGCUCCUAAAAAGACAGAGUAGCUCCAUUUUUCCGUAUAUGUUCCUCUGUUGCCUCUGACGAGGGGCUAAGCACGAAACGUUACUUAAAAUGCACUGGACAAAGAUGAUUUUUUUCCGCCAUAAUUUUUGAGUAGUUUUUUUUUUUAUUAAGAAAUUAUUGCUAGAAAAUAAUACUUAGUGUUUUUCAAUUUGUUUCCAAUCUCUUUUUUAAGCGGAACUUGUGCUUAUCUGGGGUGGUGCUCUGAUUUCUCGUCGCUGGGUUCUGACGGCUGCACAUUGUGUUUACCACAGGGAUUUUCGAGGGGCUCGUGUUCUCGACAAUAUAUCCAAUAAAUAAGCACUGAGUCCAAUAAUCCUUUAUACGUUUGAAGCUUAAAGAAACAUUUCAUAUCUAUAGAUAUCAUUUUUUCAUUGUUGUAUUUGAAAGACAUUUAAAGGCAGAGAAAAUUUGCUGAAGAAAAAAAAAGUAUUCGAGUUUCUGAUAUCAUUCACAAGGAUUAACUCUUGAAAAACUCCCAAAACCAGUCUUUCCUUAGUAGGCGAAGCAAAUUAUUUUCUCUACGACUAUUACUCUUUAUCUCGCAGGUACCGCGUGACAGUGGGUGACCACCACUUGAGGAAGGAUGAAAAAUCUCAGAUUGACGUGGAAGUGAUGAAGAUAUUUGUUCAUGAAGAUUAUGAUCAUGGGAAAAUCACAAAUGACAUUGCUCUAGUCAAACUCGACAAGGAGGUGGAACUUGGCCCCUAUGUACGGACAUUGUGUAUUCCGGACAAGGAUCAAGGGGAUUUGGCAAUCGUUAAAAAGUACGGCAUAGCAACAGGAUGGGGUGUAACGCAAGCCUUGAAACUCUCACAAUACCCCAAAGAACACAAACGCUACUCAGACCGUCUUCAAUACUCAGCCUUCACAAUUCAAAGCGACCAGCUGUGCGUUAACAAAUCAGCGGGAUACUUUUUUAACUCCACAGUGACGUUUUGUGCCGGGGAUGGAAAGGGAGGAAAUGAUACUUGCAUAGGUGACGGUGGAGGAGCUUUUGUCCGUGAGGCAAAAAGAGGAGACGACUUCCGUUGGGUGGCUACUGGGCUGGUCAGCUGGAGUUUGGGCUGCGCACAAAAGGAUCAUUAUGGAUACUAUACCAGGGUGUUCUCAUUUAUUGAUUGGAUAAAGAAAACUAUGGAAGACAACUCAUAA